AUGGUUAAUGGCACAAUACAUGAUCCGGUAAGUAAUAAAUUACAGCGUUAAAAUAUGGCUCAUUGCAGAGCACAUGAUCUGAUCUGCCCUAAAUACUCAAACAUGGUUCAUGACCAAAUCGUAUCUAUUCCAAACAGCUAUACAUUUGUCAGUACACAGCACAUGCUAACUUAUGUGUCUCCCAUAAAGUAAUUUGAACAAAGAAGCUGUGGAAGGGAGAAGUGAUCCCUCCAUUUUAACACUGAGGCCUCUGAUCCCCAGCUGUUUGUAGCUGAGAGCUGAAUCCACCUCACCCACCAACAGAUUUGGACAGCACAGUCAUUGAUUAAGAGAUCUCCAUAGCAUCCGUAAAAUGAAACGCCUUUCAUAACAAUAGUUACUUUUUUUUCAGGGCCAUCUGUUCUUAGUGUUAUUGGCUGACCCGUUGUUAGUUGAUUGAACUCUAUUUGCUAAUGUUUCAUUUAGAUUUGUUUAGCAUGCAUAUUACUCUUUUGGGUUUUGCCCUGUACAGAGAAGUGGGAAGAAAUAACUGUGGGAUUAUCUAGCAUUCUCCACAAAAGCAUCCCCCCUCUUCCUUUCUUUUUGUGAGUCACUCAGUCCUGUUCUUUCUGACUGUAAACUGCUCCCCUCCCAGUCCUAAGCACGUUGCACCCCCACCCUCAGCUAGAGAGAAAGCUGUCGUGUGGUGCUGGGUUUCUCUCUGACUCAGUCAGUGGUUUUGGAUCUUUCUUUUAAUGGGGACAGCAUUGAACAAAGCUGCAGCUUUGUCAGGUUUACCUAUUGAAAUGUCUACAUUACUUUUUUAGUCGAUUAUUGUAAAUAUUGUUGCUAGCUACCUCUCUGGGAUCUUGUAAAAUGGACUGUUGAAUGGAUGCACUUGUCUCAUUUAAAUCAAAACAGCCUCAUUUUUCCCCUUGUGACAAUAGGUUACUAAACAUUAUUAUUAUUGAAGGAUCCAUUCUCUGUAGUCCUUAGUCUACCGAUUGGGUUAACAUGUUAGGUAGUGGGGGGAAACUUGCAACUGGGCACAGAUGGUGCUACAGAGGCACGGGACUUAAUGAUCAAGAGAGUUCUUAAUGUGUGCAGAGUCAUGUGGCUCAGGCCAUUUUACAGAGUGCCUGUAUGGAAGUGAUUUUGGUCAUCUGGGUGUUCAGAAAGGAUACCUCGUAAAUACACAAUGAUUAGGUACAUGUGGGGAACUGUUGACUUUGCUACUCCAUUACAGAACUGCAUUUGAGCAAACAGUUCCACAUUUUGCUUAAAGAGAAGGAAAACAAAACAAUAGCAAUUAUUGCACGUCAUUUGUAAAUGUUUUCCUUCCCCCGCUGAGGGCUCUCCAAUAAUUGAAAAUGUUUCAUAAAUUAAUUGACUGGGGUUGGCUUUCCUGUUGGUUCAGCUGCUCUUCAAGGAGGACAAAGGCUUCUGCGGUCAAACUCCCAAACCGCUGCCAGCAACGGAGCCGAGGCCAGAUGUAGAGGGGGAGUGGGCAGCAUCUGAGAGGAAGCUCUUUACAGACAAACACUUGUCCAAAUGUCACCCCUGACAGGUGGGGAGCAGACAAGAUAAACUCCCUUUGAGGUUCAUAGUAAUAAUAAAGUGAAGAAUUGCAGUCAUAUUACUCAGCAGGACUGUCGGUUGGUCCUCAUGUUUUGCUCAGAUUGCUGGGUGGAUUAUGAGGCCUGUCCGCGCUACAGUGCAAUGUGUUUGAGCAAUCAGUCGGUGGUGUGACCUGAGGAGAGUGGUGCUCCCAGCUAGGCUGAGGAUGGCCAUCAGACAGAGCUUUAUUAUCAAAUUCAGAGUUCUUUAUUGAGCUUAAUGCUAGCUUAGGUUGGUGUGUGUGUGUGUGUGUGUGUGUGUGUUUGUGCGCUUAUCUCACUGACUCAAUACAUUCCGAUCAAGUCGGGUUAAUGGAUUAUAGUUUCCUUGUCUCAUUUAGAAACUAAAAGCACAGACCACCUCACAUUCCCCUUUCUAUAGACAGGUGGGUUGUUUACCAACAAAAUCGAUGCCAGCACAACUUUGGGGCAGCACAGAUGGGGUUUGCUUACAAUGAAAGGAUUAUUGACAACAUGUAAACCAUAUUUCGUAUCAAUGUUUAUUGAAAACAUCAAUACAUUUGCCCAAUAAGCACUGGUGUCACUCAAAUGCAUCGUUGCAGUUGUUGAUUAGCUAGCUAGUGAAUUGUAGCCAUAUUAGCAUAGGGUGUGACAUAAGUCAAAACAAGACAUGGAAUCAAGAAAUACAACUAGCUGAAACAGCCACAUGAUUCUCCACAUGGCAGCUUCUUGUCAUUGCUGUAGCUAUCUGACUGUUCAGAAUCAUAACACACAGCCUUUUGCCUCUUAGAUGUGAGUGCAUCAUUGUGACGUUGUCAACCAACCCGUCUGUCUAUACUUCGCUCUGUCUUGCCUCUGUAGCCUAUGUUCUUUGUGAACCCAGAGGGCAUCCAAUGAUAAGCAGAUGCUGAGCGUGACCAUCAGUCGACAGAACAUCUGCAGGCCAGCCCCUCUGAUGAUUAGUGCUCUCCAGGCAGCAGCUGCCAUUAUUUACAAGCUCCCCUCCACCUUACUGUCUGCAUGUCUGACAGAGGAAACACUCCCCGCACCUGCUCUGCCUCGGCGUUGUCCAUUUUCAUCAUUCUCCACCUCAGUUUCCUAUUUACACACUGACAUAUCUGCAUUUCACACCGCUUCUCUGAAGAAGCCCCUCUGUCAGCUUCCCAAGGAAGACGCUGUUUGCGUGCCGUGCGGACAGUGUAAGUCUUUCCGACUUGAAGGGUAAUCCUCCUGGGUGGUUGAAAGGGCGCCUUCAAAGGCCUGAUGUGUUAACCUGGCAGAGCCGGUUAAUGGGUCAGAAUUGGAUUAGCAGUGAGGGGAAGCUCUAGUGAGAAUUAAUCUGUUGCUUGUCUGCAGGCUCCUCUCAUAUCACUUCUGCCUGAACUCUGUUAUUUUCCUCCCUCUGCUCACUCGCGCUCAUUUCCCUAACGCUGCCUUUGAAGUGAGAAAUGUCACUUUGGGGUAUUUCUUUCACUAUGAUUCACUUUAGAUGCCCUUGUUAUUUAUCAGUUACAUAGUACAGAAAACGUAUUGGGUACUUAGAAAUGGGUUGUGUUCGGUCUCACUCCCUUGACAAAUGUAGGCUAGUCCUAAUAUCUAUUGUCUUAAAGGGAUGAUUCGAGAUUCUGGAAAUUAAUACAUUUUCUAUGUCUGCAUGCAAUAUGAAGGAAGUUCGAGGUAGUUUAGCGAGCUGAUGUGAACUAGCGUUAGUGCAAUGACUUGAAGUCUACAAAAAAUAAAUGUUGUAUUGUCACACACUGGAUAGGUUCAGUGAAAUGUGUUGUUUUACAGGGUCAUCCAUAGUUAUCAGUCUAUUGGCGCCGGAGGGGAUGGACUCUUAACCAACCGUGCUAUUUUGUUUGUUUUUCGCAUUGUUUGUAACUUGUUUUGCACAUAAUGUUGCUGCUACCGUCUCUUAUGACCGAAAAGAGUUUCUGGACAUCAGAACAGCGAUUACUCACCUUGAACUGGACAAAUCAUUUUUUCCUUGAGUCGGAUGAGAGGGAUUUGCUCCAGACACCCGACAGGGCCCUCAUUCCCGUCAUUCGCAGCGAAAGAGACGGAGAUAUCACAGAAGGAGAUCGGGGUGCCUGAUAAGGAGCCGGCGACGAGUGGAUAAUCUGCCUUUGCCAUCGGUACUAUUGGCCAACGUACAAUCGCUAGAUAAUAAAGUGGACAAACUAAAAGCACUUAUAUCCUACCAAUGGGACAUUAAAAACUGUAAUAUCUUAUGUUUCACCGAGUCGUGGCUGAACGACAACAUGAAUAACAUACAGCUGGCGGGUUAUACACUGUAUUUGCAGGAUAAAACAGCAGCCUCUGGUAAGACAAGGGGUGGCGGUCUUAUGUAUAUUUGUAAACAGCUCAAGGUUUUGCUCGCCUGAGGUAGAGUAUCUCAUGAUAAGCUGUAGACCACACUAUUUACCAAGAGAGUUUUCAUAUAUAUUCUUUGUAGCUGUCUAUUUACCGCCACAAACCGAUGCUGGCACUAAGACCGCACUCAAUGAGCUGUAUUCGGCCAUAAGCAAACAGGAAAACGCUCAUCCAGAGGCGGCGCACCUAGUGGCCAGGGACUUUAAUGCAGGGAAACUUAAAUCCGUUUUACCUAAUUUCUACUAGCAUGUUAAAUGUGCAACCAGAGGGGAAAAAAACUCUAGACCACCUUUACUCCACACACAGAGACGCGUACAAAGCUCUCUCUCGCCCUCCAUUUGGCAAAUCUGACCAUAAUUCUAUCCUCCUGAUUCCAGCUUACAAGCAAAAACUAAAGCAGGAAGCACCAGUGACUCGGUCAAUAAAAAUGUUGAAGCAGAUGCUAAGCUACAGGACUGUUUUGCUAGCACAGACUGGAAUAUGUUCCGGGAUUCUUCCGAUGGCAUUGAGGAGUACACCACAUCAGUCACUGGCUUCAUCAAUAAGUGCAUUGACGACGUCGUCCCCACAGUGACUGUACGUACAGUUGAAGUUGGAAGUUUACAUACACUUAGGUUGGAGUCAUUAAAACUCGUUUUGCAACCACUCCACAAAUUUCUUGUUAACAAACUAUAGUUUUGGCAAGUCAGUUAGUACAUCUUUGUGCGUGACACAAGUAAUUUUUCCAACAAUUGUUUACAGACAGAUUAUUUCACUUAUAAUUCACUGUAUCACAAUUCCAGUGGGUCAGAAGUUUACAUACACUAAGUUGACUGUGCCUUUAAACAGCUUGGAAAAUUCCAGAAAAUGAUGUCAUGGCUUUAGAAGCUUCUGAUAGGCUAAUUGAAAUAAUUUGAGUCAAUUGGAGGUAUACCUGUGGAUGUAUUACAAGGCCUACCUUCAAACUCAGUGCCUCUUUGCUUGACAUCAUGGGAAAAUCUAAAGAAAUCAGCCAACACCUCAGAAAAAGAAUUGUAGACCUCCACAAGUCUGGUUCAUCCUUUGGAGCAAUUGCCAAACGCCUGAAGGUACCACGUUCAUCUGUACAAACAAUAGUACGCAAGUAUAAACACCAUGGGACCACGCUGCCGUCAUACCGCUCAGGAUGGAGACGCGUUCUGUCUCCUAGAGAUGAACGUACUUUGGUGUGAAAAGUGCAAGUCAAUCCCAGAACAACAGCAAAUGACCUUGUGAAGAUGCUGGAGGAAACAGGUACAAAAGUAUCUAUAUCCACAGUAAAACGAGUCCUAUAUCGACAUAACCUGAAAGGCCACUCAGCAAGGAAGAAGCCACUGCUCCAAAACCGCCAUAAAAAAGCCAGACUACGGUUUGCAACUGCACAUGGGGACAAAGAUCGUACUUUUUGGAGAAAUGUCCACUGGUCUGAUGAAACAAAAAUAUAACUGUUUGGCCAUAAUGACCAACGUUAUGUUUGUAGGAAAAAGGGGGUUGCUUGCGAGCCGAAGAGGGGGUUGCUGAAGCACGGGGGUGGCAGCAUCAUGCUGUGGGGGUGCUUUGCUGCAGGAGGGACUGGUGCACUUCACAAAAUAGAUGGCAUCAUGAGGAAGGAAAAUUAUGUGGAUAUAUUGAAGCAACAUCUCAAGACAUCAGUCAGGAAGUUAAAGCUUGGUCGCAAAUGGGUCUUCUAAAUGGACAAUGACCCCAAGCAUACUUCCAAAGGUGUGGCAAAAUGGCUUAAGGACAACAAAGUCAAGGUAUUGGAGUGGCCAUCACAAAGCCCUGACCUCAAUCCUAUAGAACAUUUGUGGGCAGAACUGAAAAGUCGUGUGCGAGCAAGGAGGCCUACAAACCUGACUCAGUUACACCAGCUCUGUCAGGAGGAAUGGGCCAAAAUUCACCCAACUUAUUGUGGAAAGCUUGUGGAAGGCUACUCGAAACAUUUCACCCAAAUUAAACAAUUUAAAGGCAAUACACUCAAUUAGUAUUUGGUAGCAAUGGGGCGGCGCACAAUUGGCCCAGCGUCGUCCAGGGUAGGGGAGGGAAUGGCCGGCAGGGAUGUAGCUCAGUUGGUAGAGCAUGGUGUUUGCAACGCCAGGGUUGUGGGUUCGAUUCCCACGGGGGGGGGGCCAGUAUGAAAAAUUAAAUAAUGUAUGCAACUGUAAGUCGCUCUGGAUAAGAGCGUCUGCUAAAUGACUAAAAUGUAAAAUGUAGCAUGUAAACUUCUGACCCACUGGGAAUGUGUUGAAAGAAAUAAAAGCUGAAAUAAAUCAUUCUCUCUACUAUUAUUCUGACAUUUCACAUUCUUAAAAUAAAGUGGUGAUCCUAACUGACCUAAGAUAGGGAAUUUUUACUAGGAUUAAAUGUCAGGAAUUGUGAAACUGAGUUUAAAUGUAUUUGGCUAAGGUGUAUGUUGACUUCCCACUUCAACUGUGUGUGUGUGUGUGUGUGUGUGUCUUUGUUGGGGUUAAUUUUCAGGAUGGAAAGCCGCUUUCAGUAUAAACUUGAAUGACUAAAACCAGAUAUAAAGUAUGUAGAAAAGAUAAACCUAUAUAUUUUUUCAUAAUUUCAUCUUUGAGAACUAACAAUCACAACAACAAAAAAAGGUAAACAGUCAGGGAGAAUAGAAAAUUCCAAAAGCAAUGAAUUUAGAGGUAUAUAUUUUAUUAUGUUUGAGUAAAAGAGCACAGCACUAGCCAUGGCAAAAUGCAUAGAUUUGCAGGAAAUUAGCAUUAAAACAGCAAAAAUAUAUAUCAGCUGCAUGAAUGUUUUUUUUUUCAAUUGCAGGAAAUUGGCUUAAAUGCUAAAAGCUUCUCUACACAGGCAAGAUGGGGGCCUCCUAAUUUGUAUUUGUUUUAUUGCUGAGCUGACCGCGCACCCUGCCACGCCCCCGGCCACGCCCACCACCUAAGACACUUUUUGAGCCAGAAAAAAACCCCUGACUUCAGGCAUGUCUAUGAAUCCACACAGUGUAACAGGUUCUGUUCUUGAGAACAGGGCAGAGGGGCCUGUUGCAUGGCCAAGUGCCCUAAGGCAGACACUCAUCUCUGUUGUUUACCUCGCCAGACCAGACCUUCCUCCCUCUAACACAGGAGCAAAGGUACACAUGACCCCAUUAUUCUCCAUCACUUAGGCUAUGUACAGUGGGGAGAACAAGUAUUUGAUACACUGCCGAUUUUGCAGGUUUUCCUACUUACAAAGCAUGUAGAGGUCUGUAAUUUUUAUCAUAGGUACACUUCAACUGUGAGAGACGGAAUCUAAAACAAAAAUCCAGAAAAUCACAUUGUAUGAUUUUUAAGUAAUUAAUUUGCAUUUUAUUGCAUGACAUAAGUAUUUGAUCACCUGACAACCAGUAAGAAUUCCGUCUCUCACAGACCAGUUUUUCUUUAAGAAGCCCUCCUGUUCUCCACUCAUUACCUGUAUUAACUGCACCUGUUUGAACUCGUUACCUGUAUAAAAGACACCUGUCCACACACUCAAUCAAACAGACUCCAACCUCUCCACAAUGGCCAAGACCAGAGAGCUGUGUAAGGACAUCAGGGAUAAAAUUGUAGACCUGCACAAGGCUGGGAUGGGCUACAGGACAAUAGGCAAGCAGCUUGGUGAGAAGGCAACAACUGUUGGCGCAAUUAUUAGAAAAUGGAAGAAGUUGAAGAUGACAGUCAAUCACCCUCAGUCUAGGGCUCCAUGCAAGAUCUCACCUCGUGGGGCAUCAAUGAUCAUGAGGAAAGUGAGGGAUCAGCCCAGAACUACACGGCAGGACCUGGUCAAUGACCUGAAGAGAGCUGGGACCACAGUCUCAAAGAAAACCAUUAGUAACACACUACGCCGUCAUGGAUUAAAAUCCUGCAGCGCACGCAAGGUCCCCCUGCUCAAGCCAGCGCAUGUCCAGGCCCGUCUGAAGUUUGCCAAUGACCAUCUGGAUGAUCCAGAGGAGGAAUGGGAGAAGGUCAUGUGGUCUGAUUAGACCAAAAAGCUCUAUUUUUGUCUCAACUCCACUCGCUGUGUUUGGAGGAAGAAGAAGGAUGAGUACAACCCCAAGAACACCAUCCCAACCGUGAAGUAUGGAGGUGGAAACAUCAUUCUUUGGGGAUGCUUUUCUGCAAAGGGGACAGGACGACUCCACCGUAUUGAGGGGAGGAUGGAUGGGGCCAUGUAUCGCGAGAUCUUGGCCAACAAACUCCUUCCCUCAGUAAGAGCAUUGAAGAUGGGUCGUGGCUGGGUCUUCCAGCAUGACAACGGCCCGAAACACGGAGCCACUCCUUAGUUGCCCUGGCUGUGUAAGAAGCAUCUCAAGGUCCUGGAGUGGCCUAGCCAGUCUCCAGACCUGAACCCAAUAGAAAAUCUUUGGAGGGAGCUGAAAGUCCGUAUUGCCGUAUUGCGACAGCCCCGAAACCUGAAGGAUCUGGAGAAGGUAUGGAGGAGUGGGCCAAAAUCCCUGCUGCAGUGUGUGCAAACCUGGUCAAGACGUACAGGAAACGUAUGAUCUCUGUAAUUGCAAACAAAGGUUUCUGUACCAAAUAUUAAGUUCUGCUUUUCUGAUGUAUCAAAUACUUAUGUCAUGCAAUAAAAUGCAAAUUAAUUACUUAAAAAACAUACAAUGUGAUUUUCUGGAUUUUUGUUUUAGAUUCCGUCUCUCACAGUUGAAGUGUACCUAUGAUAAAAAUGACAGACCUCUACAUGCUUUGUAAGUAGGAAACACUGCCAAUUUUGCAGGUUAUCAAAUACUUGUUCUCCCCACUGUGUACAGGGUUCCACUUUGCUGGGGAUCCUUGGUACUGUACUGUACUCUUUAACAGUUUUUACUAAGUUGAUUUUGUGAUCAGUUUUAGUUGUCUGUGAUUCUUGUUUUCUUUUUCUGUGGUUUGGGGAGGUAAUGGUAUGCUCAGGUGAGCCAGUCGUGUUUGUACAAAGUCUUAUUAACUCGCUAGAUAUCCAGACUUGUUUCCAGGAAAAGGUGGUGAGGUACCUAGAAGGUUCCUAGGCUCUGCUGUAAACCUGGAUCGACACGGAUUGAUGCGAUUAACCCUUACCUCUCUAACCUUGAGCAGAUGGGGGGUCUCUAAGUCACCAGUGUUAUGGGAGGCUUGGAGUGAAAACCGCAAGGCGCUCACAGCUGACACAAAGCAUCUGUCUGUGCCCAGCCUGCCGUUGAGCCCUCUGUCCUCUGAGGAGAUAGAUCACAAGAGAUGUUUAUAUUCACACCAGAUCACAAUUCAAAUGGCAUUUCCACUAAGUUGAACAAUUAUGCCAAGGCUUCCUGUAAAUGAUUUUUGCACAUGAGCAAAGAGGAUGACUAUUUUAAAAUGUCUAUUUCUGAACUGUCAUGUCCGGUAGUAGGCUAGUUAGAAAGUCACCAAACAUUAUGCCCCUUCUCCUUUUUAAAAUAGAAUUACACUUAAUUCAGCAAGUAUUGUUUUGCUGUUUGACUGGAUUAAGGACGGCCAGGUAUCCUUCUUUUAAAAUGGCUGCCAUACAUGGUCUCGUUGAGAGGACCCAGUUAACGCUGUUAUUACAGGGACUACUCUCAACAUUAUUGCACAGCCUUCAACUCAUUCCAUAGUCCUUGAGUCAUUGGGACUCUCCAGAAUGAGGUAUAUGUAACCUUAUCCUUGUAGAAAGAAGGAUUCUCAGUGUCAGGUUUUGGUCUCUUUUGCUCAGUGCCUUGUUGCGAGAUUGACCCAGUUAUUGUGUAACUGUCUGCUUGAUGAGUUGUGGCUUGCUAGGUGGAAAGUCAUUAUGAAAGUACCUUCCCCAUCUAGGACCGCUCCAGUAAAACAAUCGCUACAAUGGCCUGAUGAUUCAUUGUGGUUUAGCUGGAGCAGAGGCCACAGACACUCCAGCCAGUCAAGUCUAGAGUAUGAGGUCAAGGUUUCAAUGUGCAUUAUCAUUCAGAUGGGAUGUGUAAUUACAGCCUUGAUAUAACUCAUCAAGGGAAGGGUCACAGGUGACUAAAGUGUAAUGCACUAGGCUACAUCUUACGCCCCAAAAGGUUCAAGGACCUUUUAAACGUGGCUGUCACAUAAGUGGCCAUAACCCUUCUCUAAGCGAGGGCAAGAAAAGAGAGCUCAAAGUUUUGACCGUGCCACCUUAUUAACCCCAUCUACCUCCACACAAAUCAGAGCUGCCUAGACUUGGAAUGAUCUCAUUAUAGCAGCAUGGCACGACUCUGCCCACGUCCCUCAAUUGCUAAAGCUGGGACAGACAUGACACAAUGGUGCUAAAGCUGGGACAGACAUGACACAAUGGUGCAUAGACACGUUUAACACUCUUCAAAACACCCAGUAAAAGCUGUUUAUGGUAGACACCUGCACAUUAUGCCAUUCGCUCAUGGUUUUUAAUCAUGGAGCUCGAUGUCUGUCAGCGGCACAUACAGUGAGCUACAAAAGUAUUGGGACAGUGAAAUAUUUUGUUGUUUUGUCUCUGUACUCCAACACUUUGGAUGAGAAAUGAUACAAUGACUGUGAGGUUAAAGUGCAGACUGUCAUCUUUAAUUUGAGGGUAUUUUCAUCCAUAUCGGGUGAACCGUUUUAGAGAUUACAGCACUUUUUGUACAGUGGGGGAAAAAAGUAUUUAGUCAGCCACCAAUUGUGCAAGUUCUCCCAUCAAAAAGAUGAGAGGCCUGUAAUUUUCAUCAUAGGUACACGUCAACUAUGACAGACAAAAUGAGAAAAAUAAAUCCAGAAAAUCACAUUGUAGGAUUUUAAUGAAUUUAUUUGCAAAUUAUGGUGGAAAAUAAGUAUUUGGUCAAUAACAAAAGUUUCUCAAUACUUUGUUAUAUACCCUUUGUUGGCAAUGACACAGGUCAAACGUUUUCUGUAAGUCUUCACAAGGUUUUCACACACACUGUUGCUGGUAUUUUGGCCCAUUCCUCCAUGCAGAUCUCCUCUAGAGCAGUGAUGUUUUGGGGCUGUCGCUGGGCAACACAGACUUUCAACUCCCUCCAAAGAUCUUCUAUGGGGUUGAGAUCUGGAGACUGGCUAGGCCACUCCAGGACCUUGAAAUGCUUCUUACGAAGCCACUCCUUCGUUGCCCGGGCGGUGUGUUUGGGAUCAUUGUCAUGCUGAAAGACCCAGCCACGUUUCAUCUUCAAUGCCCUUGCUGAUGGAAGGAGGUUUUCACUCAAAAUCUCACGAUACAUGGCCCCAUUCAUUCUUUCCUUUACACGGAUCAGUCGUCCUGGUCCCUUUGCAGAAAAACAGCCCCAAAGCAUGAUGUUUCCACCCCCAUGCUUCACAGUAGGUAUGGUGUUCUUUGGAUGCAACUCAGCAUUCUUUGUCCUCCAAACACGACGAGUUGAGUUUUUACCAAGAAGUUCUAUUUUGGUUUCAUCUGACCAUAUGACAUUCUCCCAAUCCUCUUCUGGAUCAUCCAAAUGCACUCUAGCAAACUUCAGACAGGCCUGGACAUGUACUGGCUUAAGCAGGGGGACACGUCUUGCACUGCAGGAUUUGAGUCCCUGGCGGCGUAGUGUGUUACUGAUGGUAGGCUUUGUUACUUUGGUCCCAGCUCUCUGCAGGUCAUUCACUAGGUCCCCCCGUGUGGUUCUGGGAUUUUUGCUCACCGUUCUUGUGAUCAUUUUGACCCCACAGGGUGAGAUCUUGCGUGGAGCCCCAGAUCGAGGGAGAUUAUCAGUGGUCUUGUAUGUCUUCCAUUUCCUAAUAAUUGCUCCCACAGUUGAUUUCUUCAAACCAAGCUGCUUACCUAUUGCAGAUUCAGUCUUCCCAGCCUGGUGCAGGUCUACAAUUUUGUUUCUGGUGUCCUUUGACAGCUCUUUGGUCUUGGCCAUAGUGGAGUUUGGAGUGUGACUGUUUGAGGUUGUGGACAGGUGUCUUUUAUACUGAUAACAAGUUCAAACAGGUGCCAUUAAUACAGGUAACGAGUGGAGGACAGAGGACCCUCUUAAAGAAUAAGUUACAGGUAUGUGAGAGCCAGAAAUCUUGCUUGUUUGUAGGUGACCAAAUACUUAUUUUCCACCAUAAUUUGCAAAUAAAUUCAUUAAAAAUCCUACAAUGUGAUUUUCUGGAUUUUGUUUUCUCAAUUUGUCUGUCAUAGUUGACGUGUCCCUAUGAUGAAAAUUACAGGCCUCUCUCCUCUUUUUAAGUGGGAGAACUUGCACAAUUGGUGGCUGACUAAAUACUUUUUUCCCCCACUGUAUGUGUAUUGAAGUAGUAAAAACGUAAGUGUUGAUCCCAUAUUCAUAGCACUCAAUGACUACAUCAUGCUUGUGACUUCUACAUUAAUGUGGAUGCUACCGUGAUUAUGGAUAAUCCUGAAUGAAUCGUGAAUAAUGAUGAGUGAGGAAAUUAGACGCACAAAUAUCAUACCCCCAAAAAAGCUUGACUUGGGGGUAUGAUAUUUGUGCGUCUAACUUUCUCACUCAUCAUUAUUCACAAUAGGUUCAGGAUUAUCCAUAAUCAUGGUAGCAUCCACAUUAAUGUAGAAGUGUUAAGAAACAUUAUAUUCUUAUUUACAAUAGAAGUGACUCCAAAAUGACACACUACAUUAUUUAGCGUUCAUUUCUAUUGGGCACAAAAUAAUCUGAAACGCAACCAAAACAAACCGCAAAUGCAUCCAACAAAUGUGUAGAGUCCCAAGCCCAAGCUUUAUGUAGUCAUUGCGUGCUAUGAAUAUGGGACCAAAUACUAAACUUUGUACCACUUUAAUACACAAAAGUGAAUACUUUUGGUCCCCUAAAAUGGGGGGGCUGUGUACAAAAAGUGCUGUCAUUUCUAAACAGUUCACCCUCCAAAUUAAAGCUGACAUUGUAUCAUUUCAAAUCGAGUGCUGGAGUACAGAGUCAAAACAACAAAUGUGUCACUAUCCCAAUACUUUUGGAUCUCACUGUACCUAGUGUUGACAAUAAAAGAUGACUGGUUCCCCCAAGAAUGCAUAUAAACAGAUACACAUGUUGUGUGUGUGUGGACUACAUUGUCUCUUUUACUUUGAAAACAUGUAAUUAUCCCCAAAUCAUUGGAGAUGCAUAGGGCCUAGGUUACCCUAUUUUUUUUUGUCUUUACCUAUAGGCUUUCAAGGUUAAGGGAUGGAGCACAUUCAUUUUAUUUUAUUUGUACCUUUUUAUUUAACUAGGCAAGUCAGUUAAGAACAAAUUCUUAUUUACAAUGAUGGCCUACACCGGCCAAACCCGGACGACGCUGGGCCAAUUGUGCGCCGCCCUAUGGGACUCCCAAUCACAGCCGGUUGUGAUACAGCCUGGAAUCGAACCAGGGUGUCUGUAGUGACGCCUCAAGCACUGAGAUGCAGUGCCUUAGACCGCUGGGCCACAUGGGAGUAUUGCAUUGCUGUUCCAAUGAAAAGAAGAAUCAGUCUACUCGAGGCAGUGUGAUGGUUGGCAUGGCCUAAAACGUGGCUUGCUCAUGAUGUAACUAACCCUCCUCUCAAACAGAGUUUGGGGAGCAGCAGUAUUUCUCUGCUCCAGAUAGUGGCGGACCUCCAUGUCUGUUAAACAGGUUAGUAAUAUCCCUCUCUCCUCUGUAGCUCUACCCAAGCCUCUCCUCCAUUAGUCUACAUCAGAAAGUGCAGAGGAGCCAAAGAGCUUUACAGAGCCAUGCAGCCACUCUAAACUGCCAGUCCCAGCCAACGGUGGUGCAACCUGGCAGAAGCUGAGUGCUCACUGUUUUGACUCCACUAAGCAUCAGUGCUGUGGAAGACUUUACUCGACUGGAUGUCUUCCUCUCAGGCACAUUGUAUCACACAGUGGAAAAAACACAUGUAGGCCUACUUACGCAGGGGUACCAAAAAUACAGCCAAAAAACGUAUGUGGAUGAGUUCCCUCUUUUUGGUUCUCAAAAUAGUUGGUGUGGACUCCUUAUGCAAUUACACAAGGCCUCAUGGAGGAAAGGGUGAUGUAAGAUGGAUGAAAUGUUCUCACACUAAGAAUGUCGUCAGCCCUUUCCUCUGUGCAUUUGUUUGCAUGGUCAGACAGGUUUAGCAGUGAAAGGUUGCUUUUCCGACUCUUGUCUCUAUAGCGCUUCCCUCAUUAGGGCUCCCGAGUGGCCCAGCGGUCUAAGGCACUGCAUCUCAGUGCUUGAGGCGUCACUACAGACCCCCUGGUUCGAUUCCAGGCUGUAUCACAACCGGCUGUGAUUGGGAGUCCUGUAGGGCGAAGACGUAUUUGAGGUAUUAAAGCUAGAAUCCUUAAUUUUUCUAGGCACACUGGUAAAAAAAAAUAUCCAGGUCGCACAGCAAAAUAUUUAGGCGCAUAUGCGAGUAAAAUGAUUGCACUGUAGAGCCCUGUGUUGACAAGACUUCUUCUCCACUUCUAGUGUGAGAGAUGAAGCAUGUCUUUGAAUGCUCCUAUGAUUUUGAGCCUAGUGAAAAUAAGUAUAUUUUCUUAAAAGCCUGCUCUCUGUUUUCCUUAUUGUCUGAAGUGACGUGUUAGAUGAUGAGGUCUUGGUGGUGUUUUUUCCCCCACAUCUAAUUUUAAAGCCUUGGAAGUUCGAGCUCUGUUUACAGGCAUUGGGAGAUUUUCCUGGCAGCCUCUUCCCUGAUCACUUAGCUCCUACCUAGACUCUUAAUAUCAGCAUUUAGUCUUAUCAGAUUAGCAUAUUUACAUACGUGGAUUUUCUCAAAUGUAAAAAUUGCCUAAGAUGGAUAUUUAUAUUUUCUAUUCUAUUUCAAUUGCCCCAACCACAUUUCCACACUUGUACUCUGCACUCCCCCACUAACCCCCACCCUGCACAACUAGGCUACAUUCAGGUCUACAGUUAAGUGGUGUGGCAAGGUCUUUAAAAAGCAACCCACUUUUGUCCGGAGCAGGGCUGAGUGCACACAUAGAGACGAGAGUCCUGCCCAGCGGCAACCCUACUGGACUGUCCCACUAAGCAGGGCUGUCUGAGGCGUGUGGCACACUCAUGUUAGCACAGCCAGCCCAGGCAGACAACCCAUGACACACGGGCCAUAUAAACAGCCUACAACUAGCCUAGAGAAUGUCCAUGAAGACUUUAUUGAAACUGUCUCGAUUCCCAUUUAACCCUUUUAUGUGUGUGUGAGUCAUGUUGUCCUGUCACUGUUCCUCUGUGGCGAGGCAAUGGCGUCCGUGCUGAAGCCCAAGCCCAGAUAAGGCUCUCACAUUCUCUUGGAAUGAGAGACAGGCCCGGAGUUGAGAACCCACCAGCGCCUAAUGGGCUGGCUGGAAACCAGGAGAUUGAUCAGGCUGCAGGAGGAAGCGGAUUGGAGAUUAGAGAUUACAGAUUAGGAUCUGGUCCACCUCCAACACUUGUCGUUCCAAACUCUCUCCUUCCUUCCUUCCAUCUUUCUUCUCUUUUUUAUUUGAAGGCGUAGUGAAGGGAGGAGUGGUUGAGGGGAAAAGGAAGCCUUUUGUUUACAGAAGAACAAUGCUGCGAAUGAGAGCGCUCAGUCCUGGAGUCAAAACAGGGCUAGAGACAGGCAGGCAGGGGAGAGGGGGGGAGAGCGUUCCAGGGAGAUGUCAGACUGUCUGGUGGGAUUGGGUCAGGGCACUGGACUAGGGGGAGGGGAAGGGUGGUGCACGGGUUAGCGGCAGCAGCACUAUUGUUUUGGGUCACAAUUAUGAUUUCACACUAAAAGAGGUUGAUUUUGACACGUCCCUCUUUUUUCUUUUUAAAUUCCAGACCUGGUUUUGACUUUGGACAGGCUGGUAAUGGUGGGUUUUUACAGGGCAGUUCUCUUUUCCCACACCCCCACUUCCUCCUCCUCCUCCACAGGCACUCCAGUGUGAUGGUUAACCACAGAGCUGUACACCAGGGCAGCACUGUCAACCCCCUUUUUUCCCCACAGCAUCCAUUUCCCAUGUUCCAUCCCAUUCGGUUAUAAUUUGAGUGGUAGAGUUUGAGUGUGUGUUUGAGAGAGAGGGAGAUGUGCGGGAUCCAGCUGAAGUGCCUCCAUUUUGUUUUGGCCAGUGAUUGUUUUCUCAUUCAGUGUGUCAUGUGACUUCUCCCUCCCCAGGUGGCCUGAGUGGCGGGGUGCAUUGAGUCCCCGGACAGUGGGUCUCUUUGUGUCCAGCCCUGGGAGAGACUCACCCACUUCCCUCUCUCCACAGGUGGAACUUUAACUUUAUCCAAGGUCUCUGCCUGCCUCUAGCCUAUCUGUUCAUAGAUUUUUGACCGAGAAGGCCAGGAGGUUGUGGUGUUUGCUGAUCCUCCCCCCUUCGGGGAAGCUACCUAGUUUGGGCUGUGAUAUGGAAACCUAUGAUGUGACUAAUAACCCACCUACUGACUGACUGUCAGACAUAGAGAGGAUACACAACUCCCCUGCUUCUUAUGCUGGAAUGCCGGGUUAUGUUCCAGUUUAGUCAUUAGAUGUGUUCCACGUGUUUGUUCCUGUCGGUGCCAAUGACUCAGGGCUUGUAGGAGGACAUUAAGUGGUACCACAUCUUUAACAGGAUAUUGAGAGAUGAGGCUUCGUGGGUCAUAAGAGGGAAGUGUGUGUGGGUGGGUUUCUGAAUGUGUGUCCAGCUGCAGCUUCAAAUUCCUCUCCAGCUGUUUGGUUGUGGGCCAUUUAGAUAAGAAUGUGUAGUAAAUGUAGAACGUGUUAGCCUAAAAGGCUUUUGUCAUUUAUCAGAGUUGCAUGUGAUCCCGGUUCCCUAUGAAGGCUGUGUGGACAGCCUGGUGAUAGAGGGAGGGGCACGCGGCGUGGUUAUCAUUAGCAUUCAAGCUGUGAUAUACAGCAGCAACACUCGUCAUUACUCACUUUGUCACCCCCACAGAUACCUUAGCUGACUGAUGUUGCAGCGCAGUGCCUGGUACAAGGCUGACACCAUUGAAUAACUGUACACUACAAGUGUACUCUGUCCACCCUGUCAGAUUCACACUCAUCUCAUUCCACUGAUAUACAACAAUUAGGAAUGCCUCUGAGGCCGCCUCUAUUAUAGUGUAUGUUUGUUUGUGUGCUGUAUUCUUCUCCAUUACAUAGUUUUAAAUGUCAACACUCAUUAGCCUACUCCUCUCCAGUUGUGAACAGCUCAAUUGUGCUGUCCUUCCUCCCUGUCAGUCACACUGCAGUCCUUAGGUCUUUGAGCUGCCGGCAGCGCGACCAGAAUGAGAAACACAGACACACAGAGAGACCCUUCUCUCACCCUUGACUCGAUACCGCCGUCGCUAUGGCGACUGAGGAUUUAAGAUGAGCCGAGAUGCAAAGGGUUACGUGAUGUUUUUCCGGAGGGUGUAAGUCCUUUAGUGGGGGCAGACAGGGUGAGAAAUGUUUGGAAAAUGAGUUUGCACCACAGUGGUUUCAUGGGUGGGUUUCUGACGAGCAAAGAAAGGAUUAUUUUCCCUUCCACAUGGUCAUGGCUAGAAGGGAAACUGCUUUUGCCAAAUGAAUGUCAAAAGUAGAAACGUUUUCCUAACCUUAAUCUAAUUCUCCUAACCUGCUACGAAAAAUCGGACAAAAGCUUUAUCCCAUCUAGACAAAACCCUUCAACAUGGAUAAUAAGGUGGAAUUGGUUAGAAUUGUCACUCAAAUUGUAUUGUACCAUUAGGCUCUCCAGCUCUCCCCUCACCCUUAUUCACUUUGGCAAGUACAUCACUUGGUUGUGCAAACAAAUUGCAACUCCCUGAGAACAGCAUUUUGUUAAAAGUGGACAUGGGAAAUAAAUUAUGUGAUUGUAACUAAACUAACGGAAAGAAUGUUUUUUACACUCCCAAUCCUGGGAAAAUGUAUGGCUUUUUGUGACUGUGUGUGCAAGUGCCCAUGAUAUUUUCUCUCUCUAUAUAUAUAUAUAUAUAUAUAUAUAUAUAUAUAUAUAUAUAUAUACACCAGUCAAAUGUUUGGACACACCUACUCAUUCAAGGGGUUUUCUUUAUUUCUACUAUUUUUUACAUUGUAGAAUAAUAGUGAAGACAUCAAAACUAUGAAAUAACACAUAUGUAAUCAUGUAUUAACCAAAAAAGUGUUAAACAAAUUCUUCAAAUAGCCUCCCUUUGCCUUGAUGACAGCUUUGCACACUCUUGGCAUUCUCUCAACCAGCUUCAUGAGGUAGUCACCUGGAAUGCAUUUCAAUUAACAGGUGUGCCACCUUAAAAGUUAAUUUGUGGAAUUUCUUUCCUUCUUAAUGCGUUUGAGCCAAUCAGUUGUGUUGUGACAAGGUAGGGGGGGGGGGUAUACAGAAGAUAGCCCUAUUUGGUAAAAGAGCAAGUCCAUAUUAUGGCAAGAACAGCUCAAAUAAGCAAAGACAAACAGUCCAUCAUCACUUUAAGACAUGAAGUUCAGUCAAUCCGGAAAAUUUCAAGAACUUUUAAAGUUUCUUCAAGGAGGACAGCCACAGGAAAGGGAAGACCCAGAGUUACCUCUGCUGCAGAGGAUAAGUUCAUUAGAGUUACCAGCCUCAGAAAUUGCAGCCCAAAUAAAUGCUUCACAGAGUUCAAGUAACAGACACAUCUCAACAUCAACUGUUCAGAGGAGACUGUGUGAAUCAGGCCUUCAUGGUCGAACUGCUGCAAAGAAACCACUACUAAAGGACACCAAUAAGAAGAAGAGACUGGCUUGGGCCAAGAAACACGAGCAAUGGACAUUAGACUGGUGGAAAUUAGUCCUUUGGUCUGGAGUCCAAAUUUGAGAUUUCUGGUUCCAACCGCCGUGGCUUUGUGAGACGCGGUGUGAGUGAACGGAUGAUCUCCUCGUGUAUUUCCCACCAUAAAGCAUGGAGGAGGAGGUGUGAUGGUGUGGGGGUGCUUUGCUGGUGACACUGUCUGUGAUCUAUUUAGAAUUCAAGGCACACUUAACCAGCAUGGCUACCACAGCAUUCUGCAGCGAUACGCCAUCCCAUCUGGUUUGGCCUUAGUGGGACUAUCAUUUGUUUUUCAACAGUACAAUGACCCAACACACCUCCAGGCUGUGUAAGGGCUAUUUUACCAAGAAGGAGAGUGAUGGAGUGCUGCAUCAGAUGACCUGGCCUCCACAAUCCCCCGACCUCAACCCAAUUGAGAUGGUUUGGGAUGAGUUGGACCGCAGAGUGAAGGAAAAGCAGCCAACAAGUGCUCAGCAUAUGUGGGAACUCCUUCAAGACUGUUGGAAAAGCAUUCCAGGUGAAAAUGGUAGAGAGAAUGCCAAGAGUGUGCAAAGCUGUCAUCAAGGCAAAGUGUGGCUACUUUGAAGAAUCUCAAAUAUAACAUAUAUUUUGAUUUGAUUAACACUUUUUUGGUUACUAAAUGAUUCCAUAUGUGUUAUUUCAUAGUGUUGAUGUCUUCACUAUUAUUCUACAAUGUAGAAAAUAGUAAAAAUAAAGGAAAACCCUUGAAUGAGUAGGUGUGUCCAAACUUUUGACUGGUACUGUGUGUGUGUGCGUGUAUAUAUUUAUAUUUAUACUACCAUUCAAAAGUCUGGGGUCACUUAUAAAUUACCUUGUUUUCGAAAGAAAAGCAUUGUUUUUGUCCAUUAAAAUAACAUCAAAUUGAUCAGAAAUACAGUGUAGAUAUUGUUAAUGUUGUAAAUGGCUAUUGUAGCUGGAAACGGCUGAUUUUUUUAAUGGAAUAUCUACGUAGGCGUACAGAGGCCCAUUAUCAGCAACCAUCAGUCCUGUGUUCCAAUGGCACAUUGUGUUUGCUAAUCCAUGUUUAUCAUUUUAAAAGGCUAAUUGAUCAUUAGCAAACCCUUUUGCAAUUAUGUUAGCACAGCUGAAAACUGUUGUGCUGAUUAAAGAAUCAAAAAAACUGGCCUUCUUGAGACUAGUUGAGUAUCUGGAGCAUCAGCAAUUGUGGGUUCGUUUACAGAUUCAAAAUGGCCAGAAACAAAUAACUUUCUUUCUUCUGAAACUCGUCAGUCUAUUCUUGUUCUGAGAAAUGAAGGCUAUUCCAUGCGAGAAAUUGCCAAGAAACUGAAGAUCUCGUACAACGCUGUGUACUAUUCCCUUCACAGAACAGCGUAAACUGUCUCUAAUCAGAAUAAAAAGAGGAGUGGGAGGACCCCGGUGCACAAGAGGAGCAAGAGGACAAAUACUGUCAACUGUGGGACCUUAUAUAGACAGGUGUGUUCCUUUCCAAAUCAUGUCCAAUUUACCACAGGUGGACUCCAAUCAAGUUGUAGAAACAUCUCAAGGAUGAUCGAUGAAAACAGGAUGCACCUGAGCUCAAUUUCAAGUCUCAUAGCAAAGGGUCUGAAUACUUAUGUAAAUAAGUUAUUUCCUUUUGUAUUGUUAAUACAUUUGCAAAAUUUUCUAAAAACCAGUUUUCGCUUUGUCAUUAUGGGGUAUUGUUUGUAGAUUGCUGAGGAUUUGUAUUUAUUUAAUCCAUUUUAGAUUAAGGCUGUAAUGUAUCAAAAUGUGGACAAAGUCAAGGAGUCUGAAUACUUUCCGAAGGCACUGUAUAUGUGUGUGUGUCUCCAUGUUUAUGUGCCAGGAUGGAGAGAGCUAUAUAUUUGUCAGUGUGUGAUUAUGAGAAAGUGCGCCCGGUGUGACCAAUAAAAACAGAUUUACGAUGCCGCCCUGUAGGUGCAAGCUCGCCAGUUUCCUUUUCUUAGGGAAGGCUCCUGUCAUCAGGACACGCUUCCUAUAAACCCAUACAUUUAAAUAAUUAUGUGUGCUGGCAGGAAAAUGGGGACUAUCACUUAAUGUAAUGUCAUUAAACAAAGCUAUCAUGACAGAAAGUAGAUUAAAUGGGGGGGUGUCUGUGGGUUGGAUCAUAUGGCUAAUAUAGUUCUGUCAGCUAUAUGGUGUUUGCUAUGUUUCUUCAGUGGCUUAUGGACCGUUUAAUGCAGUAUUCUGUGUUGUUGGUGAGAUAGGAUGUGCAACCAUUCUCUUUCUCCAGGAUGGUUCUCUGACUGUCCCCCCACAGUUAUCUUCCUUGCUCUGCAUUCAGAUCCUCCCAUCUGUUCUUUUCUAUUUAGAAAUACAUUUAGAAACACCCCUUCAAAUUAUUGGAUUCUGCUGUUUCAGCAACACCCGUUGCUGACAGGUGUAUAAAAUCAAGCACACAGCCAUGCAAUCUCCAUAGACAAACAUUGGAAGUAGAAUGGCCCUUACUGAAGAGCUCACUAACUUUCAGUUCAUCAAAUUUCUGCCCUGCUAGAGCUGCCCCGGUAAACUGUAAGUGCUGUUAUUGUGAAGUGGAAAUGUCUAGGAGCAACAACGGCUCAGCCGCGAAGUGGUAGGCCACACAAGCUCACAGAACGGGACUGCCGAGUGCUGAAGCGCGUAAAAAUCGUCUGUCCUCAGUUGCAACACUCCCUACCGAGUUCCAAACUGCCUCUGGAAGCAACGUCAGCACAAGAACUGUUCGUCGGGAGCUUCAUGAAAUGGGUUUCCAUGGCCGAGCAGCCGCACACAAGCCUAAGAUCACCAUGCGCAAUGCCAAGCGUCGGCUGGAGUGGUGUAAAGCUUGCCGCCAUUGGACUCUGUAGCAGUGGAAACGCGUUCUCUGGAGUGAUGAAUCACACUUCACCAUCUGGGAAUCCGCCGAACUAAUCUGGGUUUGGCGGAUGCCAGGAGAACGCUACCUGCCAUCUGUAAAAUUUUAUGGAGGAGGAAUAAUGGUCUGGGGCUGUUUUUCAUGGUGCGUGCUAGGCCCCUUAGUUCCAGUGAAGGGAAAUCUUAACGCUACAGCAUACAAUGACAUUCCAGACGAUUCUGUGCUUCCAACUUUGUGGCAACAGUUUGGGGAAGGCCCUUUUCUGUUUCAGCAUGACAAUGCCCCUUUGCACAAAGCGAGGUCCAUACAGAAAUGGUUUGUCGAGAUCGGUGUGGAAGAACUUGACUGGCCUGCACAGAGCCCUGACCUCAACCCCAUCGAACACCUUUGGGAUGAAUUUGAACGCCGACUGCGAGCCAGGCCUAAUCGCCCAACAUUAGUGUCCGACCUCACUAAUGCUCUUGUGGCUGAAUGGAAGCAAGUCCCCGCAGCAAUGUUCCAACAACUAGUGGAAAGCCUUCCCAGAAGAGUGGAGGCUAUUAUAGCAGCAAAGGGGGGAUCAACUACAUAUUAAUGCCCAUGAUUUUGGAAUGAGAUGUUCGACGAACAGGUGUCCACAUACUUUUGGUCAUGAAGUUUAUGUAGCACCAUGAGAAGUAUGAAACAACCAACAUCAGGGAAACAUUUAAGAGCGUGGCUGUUUUGACAUUCAGAUUUAUACACGAGAGGCAAGUGCUCUGCUACCAUGGGAAAUAGCCCUUGAGAAAUCACUAACUAACCUAAAUGAGGCCACAAGGAGUGACAGUGAGGUACAAACCAAGGGUCCCAUAACCCAUUGUGUUCAUGUAAGAUUCAGUAACUCACUGAAUCCUCUCCCUGUAAAAGUAUAAAGCUGAGCCGAGGGAUUCAGCCCUCCGUCCCAUGAGGGGUGACACCUCUGAAGAGCGGACCGAGACGCUCUGUACCGUAUAGCAGGUCCAUCUUCAGGCUCCUACUGCAGUCUGUCUGUCCAUCCGUCCAAGGUGGAAGCCUGCUGAGCCGCUGGCAUAGAGCCCGAUCCGACCACGGCGUUCCCUUUCCUGGGGUCAACCAGCGCUCACAUGAUCUGGAGCCUGCCAUGUUCAGCCACGGUAGCUUAAUUUAGCUGCCCUUCUCCAGGGAAACCCAUCAGACAGUCAGGGCCGGACACAUGGAAUUACGUGUACAGCAGUAGAGUUUACAGCCGGUCUUCACUCUCUAAUUUACUACGUGAUCAGUCAGACUAUCUGCCCAAUACCUGCAUAACAUUGACCUACCUAUCCCAACACAUAUAUUGGUGGUUAGGCUAUAUAUUGACUGAAGGAGAGGCAGUUGGCCCAUGGGGUCUGAGUGUACUCUUGUCUGUAUGUAAUGUAGGGCCCAAUAUUUUUUGUUUUUUUGCCUGAUUCCGUAUUCUCAGUUUUUUGUUUUUCAAGGUUUCUGUUUUCCUCCAUGUUUUCGCUCUCAAAAUCACACUUUUCUUUUAUAGAAAAACAACUAAAUUGGAUGUUCUAAGCCACAUCAAUGCUUAAACGACAUCAGGAGACCACUUGAGGUCUGACAUUUUUUAGAAAUGUAGAUUUUGGGGUGUAGUUACCCUUUUUAAUUCCAGUGUGCACCUAGCAAGAGGCUGUUAUUUAGUGUUGUUUUUGUAGCACACGUGAUGGUAGAGUUUGCAAAACAAAUAUCCACUGGAUUGAUGCAAAUAAUCAUGAUAUCAUUCUGCCAUUUAAGCGUAGGUUACUUUGUAGUGAACAUUUAAUUGGUUUUUUGGGAAAGCCUUUCCAUCUACCAGAAGACUUUUCAUUAGCAUCAUCGCUAGCGGUUACACAAAGUGGUAGACGAACUCACUGCGCAUACACAGAUGGGGGAUUCUCAUUAACUCUUCAGAAAGUUGCAGGAAAUACAAAUCACUGAUGCAUUCUGUUCAUGUCUUAUGAUAAACUUGCACAAAUUAAUUAAUUUUCAAUACAUUUAGUUGAUUCCCUACUAAGUUCAAUAAAACAAUUUAUAUGGUUGAAUUCCGUUUUAAUGUCUGGAUACUGUGAUUCCAUCCCCAUUCUCCGCAUGGCAGAUUUUAUAGGGCCAUAGUAAUGAGAACUCCUCUAAUGUUCUGAUGGUUGGCUUCCAUUGGAUGAUGAUUGCUGCCCUGUGCUCCAUUCAUGCUCUGUGGUCUAUCUCAUAAUUGGCUUCUCUGUUCCCAUUGUCUGGUUGUCUCUGUAAUUUAGUUGGUUUUGUCUUGGGUCCGCUGUGCUCGGCUGUAAUUCGGCCUGUUCUAUAUUUUACAUGUAUAAGUGUAGUGUUGUUUUCCUGCUGUAUUGAUGGCUAGGUUUAAUGUAUGCUUACAGAAGGCCCGUUGGUUAUCAUGUCCCGAUCAGAGGGACAUUACUGCAAGUUCUGGUAUGUGAUGUGUAAUUUCUCUACCACAGUCAGACAGGCCUAUUGUGUCACCGGCCUCCUCUCUCUUCCCUCUUCCUCUCUCCCAGUUUACAUUUGGCUAUAUGAGACUCACCAUUGCCCUUUCUCACUGGGACUCCCUGUAACAUUUUCACUUUUCAUGUCCAUCUCCUGUAGCUUUGCUCCGCUGCAGCUGUGAAAAUACAGAAAAUUACCAGCUUUCUGAGUCCAGUUCUUUUGAUUAAAUCAUCUAUUUUGGAGAAACACUAUGAAGCUAGUUUUCAGGACCCAGCAUAUGUUGUUCUGCCCAUAGUUGGUUGUAGAAGAAGCAAGGGAGACCUGAAUAGUGAUAACGCAGAGAGCUAUCACCUGAUUCUUACAACUCCUCACCCCCUCACAGCUCCUCACGCCCCGACACACUCUCUCUCUCCUCUCUCUCUCUCUCUCUCUCACACCUCUCUGCCUGUAAAUAAUUAAUUAGAUCACUGAAGCUAGAGUUGGUGUGCAGAGCGAGGUGUUGUGGACCCUUUCAGGGGCCUGUGGUGUGUGCGAUGACUGGCAUACAGUGUGUGUGUGAGACAGACUGAGAGAGAUGCAUACCAGAUGUUUGAGUAAUGAGGUGGGUUUCACUGGAACGGAACACAUUCCCAGGGAUGUUUGCUGAAAGAAAUUCUUCCUCGUCUGUCGAGCAUGUUCUCCCUCCCCAUCCCCCCAAGAGGGUUUAGAUUUGGUUAAGACCUAUUUUUCUCCCUCCUCUCUCUAUCUUAAUGGAGUAAUUCUCAUUAAACCCAGAAACCCUUUGUGUGUGCUGAGUGUAUCAGUGAACACCAUGUGUAGAUGUUUGUUUCACACUGCGGUCUGUGAUUUGUGUGUUUUAAUUCAGUCCAUGGCACUCUUAAAUGGUGUUCUGUUCCCUCUCAUACGUUGUUUCAGCUCAGACCUAAAUUGAUUUAGGAGUCAGGUUAUGUUUCACAUGCAGUGUAAGCACUGUGGUUCUCCCUGUGUUUAGCUGUGGGUGGGGGGGUGGGGGUGGCAGAUGAAUAGCGGUGGCUGUAGAUUCAAUGGCUUUGGCUGCUGUCUGCUCCUAUGGGCCUGCCUUUGUUUAUUUGUGUUAGCAAAGUAAAGUCUGGACACUCUCACCUGCAUGUGAGCGGGUCUCUGUAGAGAGAGGACACACAAACGGCCUCGGGGCCCGCCAGACACGAGACAGAUUUCAUCUCUCAAAGAUGUGAAAUCGACUCACAUGGCAACUAUGGACGGCUGUCGCACCGCAGUUGGCGUCUAUGUGGGUGGUAUUGAAUGGCGCUGGUAGUGAGCAUAGUGGGUGGAUUCUGAUCAGUGGGAUGUGACCGGGAUGGCCAAAAAAUACCUAGACCAAAUAAUCAAAGGUAAUUGAAAUACAAUAGAAAUCCAGGCCAUUAUUACCUGUGGCUGUGUCUGUGGCCACCUGGCUGUGUCUGUACAUUUACAUUUACAUUUACGUCAUUUAGCAGACGCUCAUAUCCAGAGCGACUUACAAAUAGGUGCAUUCACCUUAUAGCCAGUGGGAUAACCACUUUACAAUGUAUUUUUUUGGGGUUGGGGUAAGGGGGGGGUAGAAGGAUUACUUUAUCCUAUCCCAGGUAUUCCUUAAAGAGGUGGGGUUUCAAAUGUCUCCGGAAGGUGGUGAGUGACUCCGCUGUCCUGGCGUCGUGAGGGAGCUUGUUCCACCAUUGGGGUGCCAGAGCAGCGAACAGUUUUGACUGGGCUGAGCGGGAACUAUGCUUCCACAGAGGUAGGGGAGCCAGCAGGCCAGAGGUGGAUGAACGCAAUGCCCUCGUUUGGGUGUAGGGACUGAUCAGAGCCUGAAGGUACGGCGGUGCCGUUCCCCUCACUGCUCCGUAGGCAAGCACCAUGGUCUUGUAGCAGAUGCGAGCUUCAACUGGAAGCCAGUGGAGUGUGCAGAGGAGCGGGGUGACGUGAGAGAACUUGGGAAGGUUGAACACCAGACGGGCUGCGGCAUUCUGGAUGAGUUGUAGGGGUUUAAUGGCACAAGCAGGGAGCCCAGCCAACAGCGAGUUGCAGUAAUCCAGACGGGAGAUGACAAGUGCCUGGAUUAGGACCUGUGCCGCUUCCUGUGUAAGGCAGGGUCGUACUCUCCGAAUGUUGUAGAGCAUGAACCUACAGGAUCGGGUCACCGCCUUGAUGUUAGCGGAGAACGACAGGGUGUUGUCCAGGGUCACGCCAAGGCUCUUCGCACUCUGGGAGGAGGACACAACGGAGUUGUCAACCGUGAUGGCGAGAUCAUGGAACAGGCAGUCCUUCCCCGGGAGGAAGAGCAGCUCCGUCUUGCCAAGGUUCAGCUUGAGGUGGUGAUCCGUCAUCCAUACUGAUAUGUCUGCCAGACAUGCAGAGAUGCGAUUCGCCACCUGGUUAUCAGAAGGGGGAAAGGAGAAGAUUAGUUGUGUGUCGUCAGCGUAGCAAUGAUAGGAGAGGCCAUGUGAGGAUAUGACAGAGCCAAGUGACUUGGUGUAUAGCGAGAAUAGGAGAGGGCCUAGAACUGAGCCCUGGGGGACACCAGUGGUGAGAGCACGUGGUGCGGAGACAGCUUCUCGCCACGCCACUUGGUAGGAGCGACCGGUCAGGUAGGACGCAAUCCAAGAGUGAGCCACGCCGGAGAUGCCCAGCUCGGAGAGGGUGGAGAGGAGGAUCUGAUGGUUCACAGUAUCAAAGGCAGCAGACAGGUCUAGAAGGACAAGAGCAGAGGAGAGAGAGUUAGCUUUAGCAGUGCGGAGAGCCUCCGUGACACAGAGAAGAGCAGUCUCAGUUGAAUGACCAGUCUUGAAACCUGACUGGUCUGUACUCAAUGGCCACCUGGCUGUGUCUGUACUGAAGUGGACCAGAGGGAUUGGGCUGGGGCCGGGGAUGAGUAAGUGACUGAGUGUGUGGCGGUGGCUCCAGUCACCCAGGUGGCCAUUGAGCCUCUUCAUCCAGGCCCAGUGGAGGGUGUUUAAGUGGCUCUGCCUCAUUGCCUCAGCAGCCCCUCCAGGGCUCUCACUGGGGAACUGCCCAAUCUACUCAUCUGCUGCUGCAGGCUGGCUGCUGUGGGGAAAAGUAUGCCCCUUCCUUUUAAUAGUUCAUAUUGAAUUAAUGUGCGAAGGUCCUAUGAUUCAGCAUGUCGCCAACAAGUGCCCAUAUGCACUAUCGUCAAGUUACUUUCUUGGUUGCGUUGCUGUUACUCAACUACUGUAGCUAAAAAGCAUGUUGAUGUGGGUCUAUUUUCUGGAGGGGAACAGGAGAGCUCCUCAUGUCAUUGAGUCAUCACCUGGUUGUCAGCUUAUGAUCAGUACACACACUCAAAUUUAGAGAUGUAGGGUCUGGCACAAUUCAGUCUGGCUAAAGAUAUAUGUUCAUGUGUUUUCUCUAUCACCUGAAAGUCAAAUUACUUGUCUUACAUUACACAUUAUAAAAUAAAUGCUCCUGCUCCUGCUGCUUAUGUAAUGUAGCCAAGGCUAUCUAUAUCCAAGAUGGAGCGCUUUUCGAUUCAGUUCCCUGAGCAGCAGUGUAUAACUUCAGCCCUGCACAAACCUCUCCCUUGGCAGUGAUGUAACCCCACAAUCACAACAGCCUGUCAGUGUGUAAUAUGUGUCUAUCUGCAACGAUAAAAAAUAACACCGCAUUCUCCUCUUCUGUUUCAGUCCUCUGCGCCAAAAACCUGGUGAAGAAAGAUUUCUUUCGUAAGUAACCCAAUGAAAGCUGUGUUUCUGAUCCUCGACUCCAUGUUAAAUGGCUUUAUAGAUUCAUAGUCAGGGGGCUUGGGGGCUUUGACGUCUGCAGUGUGAGAUAUGUAUCCCCCAUGAGAAAUGUGAAAAGUGGGUCAGUUUGUGCUGAUAAAAGAGGGCCUGCUGCCAGCUGCUAGAGUUCUCUACCAGCAGAACGCCAUGCUAACACAUUCAACCAGCCACUACACUACACCAGCAAAGAGGAAAGGGUUAGCAGCCUGUAAUGUUACUACUGAUAUGUUUGUGGAGAGCAAGAUGAGCUCACCACAUCACCAUGAUGUAGCUUAUCAAUAUUAGCCAAGUAUUUGUAAUAAAACUAGGCCUAUUUUAUUGCCUUUAUUUCUGCAUUCACAUUUCAUGCAUUGAGUCACACAGGUCUGAAAUAUCAUUAAGUAUGGGAUCUCAAUAAAACGUUUAUACCGUCAUUUAAAGCUAGUCCAUUUCAGAGUGAAACAGCACAGCAUUUCAGUGUGUGCUAGGUGUCCAUAGUGGCCCCAGUGUUUGGGUGUGUUUGGGUCAGGCUGUCAUGGAGAGUGAGUGUGUUAAGGUCCCUCACUCAGGUGGUUUCUCUGGUGCCCAUUCCUCCCAUUCCAGCACUCAGGGGCUGAGUAAACACUCACUCAGUCAGGGCCUGGGUGGAGAGAACUCUGGGAGUGUGUGUGGCAGCAAGGUAGGCUUGUCUCUGUGGGAUACUGUAUUUAUGUAUAUGGAGAGAUGUAUUUCUAAGUGCAUUUUUGUUUUGUUUGUGUGGGCCUGCAUGGCAUACGUGUGUGUGUGUCCGUGAGCUUGUGCGUCCACCACACCCAGGCUGUGUGCAGGUGAAUGUCAUCCAACAUGUCCCUCAGGUCUGUCUAUUAGUGUCAGUGUCAUUUCCACCCGUAUCUCUAGAUAUCUGUCACUCGGGUCAGGUUCAGUCACACUAUCAGAUUCACACAUCAGCCAUUCCUAGACUGUUGCAGAAUGUUAUUCAUCAAAAGUAGUUUUCUUCAGAUGCCCUCUUUUCCCCCAUUCAGAAACAGUAUAGUCUCACUUCCAUCUGCAUAAUGAAAUCAUCGAAUAAUGAUAGAGUGAUGCCUAUAACAUUUCUUCCUAGUACAGCCUGUCCUUGGCCAGGCCAGUGUGCUGAGGCAGUGUGUGUGUGUUUGUUCCCCUGCAGGCCUCCCUGAUCCCUUUGCCAAAGUGGUGGUGGACGGCUCAGGACAAUGUCACUCCACAGACACCGUGAAGAACACCCUCGACCCCAAGUGGAACCAGCACUACGACCUGUGAGUCCCCUCAUCACUUAACCCACAUAAUGGAUAGCGCAGAGCUUGUGCUUGACACAGCAUCCAUAUAGAAGCAGCUGUGACUAGAUGUGAAACUGUGUAUCUAACAGAAACCUUACCUUAACCUGCUGAUUUAGUAAUGAACCAGCAUUCUGCUGAACUGCGGACCCUCUCUAUAACCUUCACCAGUGCCCUCUAUGCUAUAUCUACACCAGUGGAGACUGCUGAGGGGAGGACAGCUCAUAAUAAUGGCUGGAAACGGCGCGAAUGGAAUGGCAUCACACCUGCAAACCUUGUAUUUGAUACCAUUCCGCUCCAGCCAUUACCACGAGCCCGUCCUCCCCAAUCAAGGUGCCACCAACCUCCUGUGAUCUAUGCAUUCCUUCAACCUCACCCAACUCCAAUGUGCCAAGUGGACAUCAGGGAUGUGUCAGAUAUUGAUUCUGCAGGAUCUGAAUGCCCCUACAGUAAGCUGUGUUUAUGUCUGCCCUCUCACUUAUCUGUAGGCCAGCGAUGACAACUCCACUGGGGUAGCUAACGUGAAAAAUAAAAACAUUUAAAUAGAACCAUGGGGGAGGGAAACUAAUCUCAGAAGCCUUUUACCUUUUGGACAGAAAUAUGUGCAUGUCUUGUUGCACCCAUGUCGCUUUUCCCAAAGACUGCUUGUCUUGUGAAAGCAACCUGGAAAAAGAGAGGGGGGGAGUGAAUGGCAGGGAGAGUGAAAGUUUCCAGUAUUUGCCCAGUGUUUAUCCAGCCAUCACACGUAGCUAACAUAAAGAGGAAGCACCUGUCUCCUUUUGUUUGGUUGCUCAGGAUACCAGACCCUCUCCCAACAUGGCUGUUUAAUUAGCUGUUCAUGUCCCGUGUGACAGGAGGGAAACACAGCCCUCAGUCAGUCAGUCAUUCCCACUGUGGAGGACAGAGAGGGCUGGACACAGUGAUGGAUGGGUGAACAUCGACCUGUGUGCUCCCCAGAUGGAGCCAAACGCACGCACACACCUCUCUCCAGAUUUUUUACAAAACUUUAACCUGCCUGUGUUCCUUCCUGUUAAUGACUAUGUUAAACUUUUAGGUGCCCUCCCUCUGUGUGUCAAGGCCUACUACACCAUGCUAAGGCACAUGGACUCUCCUCAGUGUGUGGAGUCUAAUUGACUGAGGGCAGCUGAGCACACUCACACCUAUUCAAAUGGUGUCUGAAACACCUGGUGCUCACACUCAGCAGAGCCAACUGCAUAAAAGCCUUUGCUUAGUUGGCACUGACGCUUUUUUCCAUUGGUUGUAUGUGCACAGCGUGAGGAAGUGUAUGUGCUCAUGGCAACAUUGACACGUCAGGGCCUCCUCAGUGGUGUUGUCAGUGGUCAGACCAACAGACUGGCCCGUGACCGCUGACCCCAGACAGCAUUGUUGCAGGAAGUGGCCUGCAUGCCAAGGAUAGCAGACUGUGUCUCGCUGGCAAACUGCCUCUCCUCCACUCCUAAUCCAUCCCAGUGGAAGUAUGUGGAGCAGACAGACUGGACUGUAAUACGGCUCUGUGGCCCUUUUAGGGACAAACCAGGGGACAAAUCUAUCAGUUUAUUUGUCAGCACGCUACAAACUACAUUUAUACUAAGAAGUAUAAAAUGUUAAUGAAUAUGUCAAAUCAAAUGUUAUUUGUCACAUGCUUAGAAAACAACAGGUGUAGACUAACAGUGAAAUGCUUACGGGCCCUUUCCAACAAUGCAGAGGGAGAAAAAAUUAAAUAAUAACAUGAGGAAUAAAUCCACAAUGAGUAACGAUAACUUGGCUAUAUAGACGGGUUACCAGUACCGAGUCCAUGUGCAAGGGUACAAGGCAAUUUGAGGUAGAUAUGUACAUAUAGAUAGGUAUAAAGUGACUAGGCAACAGGAUAGAUAAUAAACAGUAGCAGCAGCAUAUUUGAUGAGUCAAAAGAGAGUGCAAAAAGGGUCAAUGCAGAUUGUCCAGGUAGCUAUUGGUUAACUAUUUAACUAACUAAUUAGCAGUCUUAUGGCUUGUGGGUAGAAGCUGUUCAGGGUCAUGUUGCUUCCAGACUUGGUGCAUCGGUACCGCUUGCCGUGUGGUAGCAGGAAAGUCUAUGACUUGGGUGACUGGAGUCUUUGACCAAUUUUUAGGGCCUUCCCACGACUGGCAACUGUUUGGCAUCCGACCCCAAUGUGCUACAGAGGGUAAUGCAAACGGCCCAGUACAUCACUGGGGCCGAGUUCCCUGGCGUCCAGGACCUCUAUACCAGGUCCUGGAUGGCAGGGAGCUCGGCCCCAGUGAUGUAAUGGGCCGUUCGCACAACCCUCUGUAGCGCCAAGCAGUUGCAAUACCAAGCGGUGGUGCAGCUCAAUAGUGCAGCUGUCAAACCUUUUGAGGAUCUGAGGGCCCAUGACAAAUCUUUUCAGCCUCCUGAGGGGGAAGAGGCGUUGUCGUGCCUUCACGAAUAUGUUGGUGUGUGUGGACCAUGAUAAUUCCACCACUCCACUACAGCCCUGUGGAUGGGGGUGUGUUCGGGCCCUCCGUUUCCUGUAGUCCACGAUCAGCUCCUUUGUCUUGCUGACGUUGAGGGAGAGGUUGUUGUUCUGGCACCACACUGCCAGGUCUCGGACCUCCUCCCUAUAGGCUGUCUCAUCGUCAUCGUGAUCAGGCCAACCCCCAUUGUGUCGUCAGCAAACUUAAUGAUGGUGUUGGAGUCGUGCACGGCCAUGCAGUCGUGGGCGAACAGGGAGUAUAGGAGGGGACUAAGCACGCACCCCUGAGGGGCCCCGUGUUGAGGGUCAGCGUGGCAGAUGUGUUGUUGCCUACCCUCACCACCUGGGGGUGGCCCGUCAGGAAGUCCAGGAUCCAGUUGCAGAGGGAGGUGGGAGGUGUUCAGUCCCAGGGUCCUUAGUGAUGAGCUUGGAGGGCACUAUGGUGUUGAACGCUGAGCUGUAGUCAAUUAACAGCCUUCUCACAUUGGUGUUCCUCUUGUCCAGGUGGGAAAGGGCAGUGUGGAGUGCAAUAGAGAUUGCGUCAUCUGUGGAUCUGUUGGGGCGGUGUGCGAAUAGGAGUGGGUCUUAGUCCUGUAUUGAUGUUUUUACUGUUUGAUGGCCCAUCGGAGGUUGUAGCAGGAUUUCUUAUAAGUGUCCGGAAUACUGUCCCGCCCCUUGAAACCGGCACUCUAGCCUUUAGCUCAGUGCGGAUGUUGCACUUAUUAAUGAUGUGAUAACCUCCUCAAUUUUAUUGGAUGAAUCGCGUAGCAUAUUCCCAUCUGUGCUAGCAAAACAGUCCUGUAGCUUAGCUUCAUCGGACCACUUCCGUAUUGUGCACGUCACUGGUAUAUAAUGAUGAGAUGUUAAUGCAUCUCCUAUACCUUCAUAGAUACAAGUAGUGGGAUGAAAAGACAAGUGCACAAUGUUCUGUUCCCAUAGCCUGGCCCAGGCCCUUGUCCCUCCCUUUCGCAUCUCUUCUGCUAUGGGGACUGGGGGGAACAGGUGGCGGUAGUGUCCCCAGGGCCCAGCUGGUGCUGUCCUGCCUGCUGAAGAAGUGUGAUUUAACACACACCGCCACCUCUCAGGCCAAGAGCUAACUCAUUUAUUUCUGGCACAACGUGGUUGGAUGCAGCCUGGCCUGCCUAGCACCAACUGCCAUGCAAUAUGCCAUAUACUGUACCUCAACCAACCAGAGACAUAACAUAGAGAUGGCCUAAGAGGAGAAACUCUUAUCUUAUUACAAGUAAUCAUAUUAUCUGAGAGUUUGGCAUGUGUAUAGUGUAUGUAAACAUACUGUAUCUUGUUUUGAAAAGCUUAAUCCAAUGUCUAGUCUACCGCCCUUAUUAUUUGAUACAAUAAUCAUAUCCAGAUCUGUGUUGGCUGUAAUAAUUCCCCCCUACAAAUCUGUCCUGCAUUCUAAUGCUCUCAGAUAGCACCCCAGACAGGCAUUUGGCUUCCACUCAAAAUGUCCAGACGUCUUACUCACACAACUCCAUUGUUUCACAUGCCUUUAGUUUCGGUAAGCAGCAUGAUAAUUAUAGUGGGAUGCAGUCUGCUAACUGUAUGGAUGAUUAGUUUUACACUGAGGAAGGGAACUGGGCCGAACAGAUGUGCCACGACAGGUUGACGUAGUGUGAGUUUAAUACCCAGGCCUCGCCUGACACACAGUACCUAAGAGUGAUCGUAGAGGCAGUCAGGGAGUAAUGUCAUGGUUCAACUGUUCACUCUCUCCUUCUUUUCCUCACUUACACUAUCCCUCUUUCUAUCUCUCUUUCAGCCUCUCCUCCCUGUUUCUUUCAUUCUCCCUCUCUCCGGGUGAUUUUGGGUCGAAGGGCUGCCUUUGGAUGAUUUAUGACUCACAGGAUCUGUCUGCGUUCUGUCUCGUACCCAGACACUCAGGGUUGGGAGUCGCACAUUCACAGACGCCGGGCGGAAAAUCCCUCUCAGACACCUCCUGACUGUGUCCUUGUGGGGAUGCAGUCCCGCGGUGACAGGCAGCCCCCGAGCGGAUGUGUGCCUCCCCAGCAGGGACAUCCAGGCAAAGACUGGCCUGUUGGAGCAGUGCAUUCACACGGGCUUUAGUAAGAUCUACAGUACAUUGGAAGUGACUGGUCUCUCUCUUCUCUCCUCAGAUAUAUUGGCAAGUCUGACUCCAUCACCAUCAGCGUGUGGAACCACAAGAAGAUCCAUAAGAAGCAGGGGGCUGGCUUCCUGGGCUGUGUACGCCUUCUGUCCAACGCCAUCAACCGCCUCAAAGACACCGGCUGUAAGGACUACCUGAUUGGAUUAGUGUGUGUAUGUGCGUGUGUAUUUAAUGCUGUGAGGUAAUGUCUGUGUAGUGACCCAUUGUCUGUCCCACAAACGGAGUCACAGGCUAGCGGCGUCACAGGCUAGCGGCGUCACAGGCUAGCGGCGUCACAGGCUAGCGGCGUCACAGGCUAGCGGCGUCACAGGCUAGCGGCGUCACAGGCUAGCGGCAUCACAGGCUAGCGGCGUCACAGGCUAAUAAUCCCCUGCUCCUGUCACAGUGACACAUUGAGCUCAGUGCCCACACUCUUUCCCUACUCCUGACAGGGCACAGGCCAGGGUGUGAGAGGGGUCACAGUCUGCAGCGCCAGAACAGGAAAAGACAAUCCACAGCCCACAAUCACUGUGAACGUGUCAUGUCAGAAGCUAAUGGCUAAAUGAGAUUGAGGCUUGGCGCUCCAAGCCAACGCAGCCGUGCCAGCCAGGCAGGGACCCAGUGAUGACUUUACCAAAGGGCCUCCCCCUCCAACUGUAUGUAUACUAUGCUGAUAGGCCUGCAACGGUCUUGUAGACGGAAAAAAUGACAAAAUCCCACAGCUUUUCCUAGAAGCCCCUGACACUUGUUUUCCUGGAAAACCUGAACCCUGUGCCACAGCUGUGAGUAGUUUGCCUCUGCAUUUCCUCUCAUUCCCCCCCUCCACCCUUCUCUCUCUCUCCACCCUCGUCUGUCCCAUAGACUGGCAGCAUGCAUGCGCCACAGUGACUAACCUCCGUUUAUCUCUGUCUGCAAAUCUAGACAACCGGUCAUUUCACUCAGACAUGCAUAAUUGUACAGCUAUUUAAAUGUAAGCAUAGAUUUGUUAUGUCCCUCGGUUGUGGUCUUAUUCAAGUGUAUGUUUGUCAUUCUUUCGCUUGUGCCUUUUGCAGCUGUUGCACUGUGUCCUGUCCACAGGCGUUUUAGGGGGCUUUGGGUUUGUGUGCGCAUGCUCAUUGCCCCAGCCUUGUAACAGUUUGACCGGCCACGUUAUGGUCCCUGUUUAGUCUAGACGCACAUCCUGAGCCGAUCUGCACGACACUCAGACAACAGUGAACAGAUAGUGGCAUUUCUCAUGUCUGCAGGCAACGUGGUAUUCCUGACAUUUGUUUGGUCCUUUUUUUUUUUUUUUUUUUUCAGCCUGGGUUGAGAACGUAGACAAAGAGUUUCCAGACAUUGGCAGGGGUUCAUGUCCAUGUUCUGUCUGGGUGGAAUAGUGCCGGCUUUGUGCAGAGAUUUGUCAAAUGUUUGACCUCUGUAGUGAACUGCAGGCUAUUCGGUACCGAUGCUCAGUGAUUUUUUUUACGGCCCAUGGCCACUCCACAGACCAUCUGUUCCAGUGCAUAUCCAAUACCCAGCCUUCAAGGGAGGGGGAGGGGAGGGAGAGGGAGAGAGAGGAAUUCACUGUGGUGAUGUAAAUGAUACAGAGCAAAGGGACUUGUCUGCGGGGAGAAAAACCCUCCCAACACAUGCUAGUUUACAUGUCUCUCAGACAGUGAUCGAUCCCGCUUUCCUUUCUCUCCUCUUCCCUCUCCUGCCUCUCUCCUUCCCCUCUCUCCUCCACAGAUCAGAGAUUGGACAUGAACAAGCUGGGCCCCAAUGACAGUGACACAGUGAGGGGUCAGAUAGUGGGUGAGUACAGCAGUGACCAGCAGGCCACACAGACAUUCACCACACACUCGCGUACAUUCACAUAACACUGUUAUGCACCUGAAGUGUUAGCACUCCAUUAUUAGAACCUCAGGCUAACAUCACUUAUUUUUAUAAUGCUGAUAAGACCUCACUACACCACUGUGCAUAGAAUGAAAACCGGGAAAGAGAACAAAACCCCUCCCAACACCAUGUAGGCUCCUACCAGUAACCUGAGCCUGCAGGGUGACUUAUUUUCCCAGUGAUUCGUUGGUGUGUAAAGCGUUGAGCGCUGACCCUGAGCGUGCCGUGCCUCCAACACCAGGGUUUACGAGCGCCUCCCUCAGACUUCAGACGGCACGCACUGCCAUCUGCACCACAGGGCCUGGUGACAGACAGUCACAGCACCGCUGCCACGCCACCUCACCUCUGACCCACCAAUACGUGCCCUCCACUCACUUCUUGGGUCCUCUCCAGAACUGGGAUUCGAGACUGGCCAGAUCGCUGUCAGAGUGCAGACGGCUGGUACUUCUACUUCCAGACACGAUCAUCUUGUCACCCACAAGAGGAUUUGACCGUCUGAUCCUCUUAAAUUUUAGUCUCUGGUAUGAGAGGACAUGAAUAGAUGUGUAUCUAUUCUCAUUCUCCUAUGUGUAUCUGUGUGUCCACAGUGAGCCUGCAGUCCAGAGACCGGAUAGGUACAGGAGGCCCAGUGGUGGACUGCAGCCGUCUGUUUGACAAUGACCUGCCAGACGGGUGAAUACCGUACCCACCACCACACCACAACCCCAUUUAACAUUUGUCCAUACUGGACAGUACACACACUACCACCACAUCAUACCCUCACAGCAGGGCCAGUCAGAGCCUAUCAUAACCACACUGCCCCACAAACAAAAGUGUUCCAGACAGCAUGUGGUGUGGUGUCCCAGACUCCAGUCCAAGUAGCCAGAGGCUCUGCUGUUCAGAUACCAGAGGCUCUGCUGUUCAGAUACCAGAGGCUCUGCUGUUCAGACACUUCACCAGCUUAGCACGACUGACCUCAGCACUGAGCCAAUGAUGUUGGCUGGGGUUGGGGAGUUUAGUCUGGGGUUGGUGUGCGCCAGAGGAAUUGGGUGAGCAGAUGGGAGACUGGGUCCUAUUAAUUAGCAAGAAGCUCUGGAUCAUGUUUAGUAGGGGGGCAAUGUUUUGAAACAGGAGGUACUACCUGAAAUUGGUUGCACUCAAUGUCCACUCACUGCUUUGUACAUGUGUUUGUUUGUAUCUGCUGCAUCCAGCUGGGAGGAGCGGAGGACUGCGUCUGGCCGAAUCCAGUACUUGAACCACAUCACUCGUACCACACAGUGGGAGAGGCCUACCAGGUGAGUAACAUAGUAAAUGUAAAUCUGUGACACUCAAAUUAGUAUGAUAUUGGUAUGGUUACAUAAGACACAAGGUUACUUAAGCCCAAAAACUAGAGGGAGGUUGGUCGGGGAGGAUGGGUGGGCUUUUAAUGCGAACAUCUAGCAACCUAAACUUGAGCAUUUAUGUUAAUUAGCAACUACUUAGCAUAUUAGCUUACCUUAACUCCUAACCCCUAGCCUAGUUAACGUUAGCCACAACAGAAGUGGAAUUCGUAACAUAUCAUUCAAAAUGGAUGAUGGACAUACACAAAUUAAUACAUACCAAUAUGAAACAUAACAUAUCAUACUAAAUGGAGGGAGACCGAUUUUACAUUUACUAUGUUAUAUCUCUCCCUGAGUCCAGGCUGAGUGAGUACACAGUUUUACCCACUACCCAGCCUCAAACCCAUGGCCUAGACAGCAUUGAAUUUGUGUUAGGAUACACUGCAGACUAUUGAACAGGGCCCUAAGACUCUUAUGCUCCAGACGGUGUUGUUGCUCCACAGUUUUAUCUCUCUCUCUCUCUCUCUCUCUCUCUCUCUCUCUCUCGACUCUAGACUUACCUCAUGUUGCUUAACAAAGCAGGAGCAAGCCAAUGUCUAGUCCUAGCAUCGAAGCGCUCCUAUUACAAGCACAGUUACAUUUUAAAUAUCAAUAGACACUGGUCUGAUUUCAACAAACCUACCAUGAAGGAGAUAAUAUAACCCACCCUCCCUGUUUGAUGUCCUUCCUCUCCUCCUGUUCCCUGUCUCUCCCAGGCCUGCGUCGGAGUACUCCAGCCCGGGCCGGCCUCUCAGCUGCAUUGUGGAUGAGAACACGCCCAUCCUGAGCACCAACGGGGCCACACCCACCGUCCCGUGUGUCCCGUCCAGCGACCAGCGGGCCCAGGAGAGACGCGUCCGCUCCCAGAGACACAGGAACUACAUGAGCAGGACACACCUCCACACGCCCCCAGACCUGCCUGAGGGAUACGGUUAGUGGAAAGAGGAUUCUAACACACGAUAUGGACACACCAGACAUACACAAACACACACUAUAGAACGACCACUUUGGUUCCCACAGCCAGAAUAGACUGGAGCAUCCUAUAUUAUGAACCACCUCUAUGACAGACGUGUCUCCUUCUGCUUUAAGACCGGUGUCGUUAUUGCAAUGCCUCAGUGUUAACUGCAUCCCUUCGGCCCCACGCUCGGCUGAAUCAUCCUGAUAAUCUGUGUCCCCAUUCAGACCCAACAGCACAGCCACCAUGACUUUGCAGCGCAGCAUAAGGAGCCUGACAGGCCCCAUUUUUAAAGGCCUAAUUGAAUUGAGCAGUCAAAGGCUGGCGGCAGCCGCUCACUCCUCCCCCUCCUCUCUCCUUCCUCACACGCAGCCCAAGGGCGGCCGCUUGAUCCUCAGACACUGUGUAGUCUUGCUGAGGAUUUAGGAGUAAAUCACAGCAGCCCAACCCAGCCCUUCAAGAUUAGCAGGGUGCUGUCUCUUUUUGGGGCCAGCUCCUCUGAACCGCUGUCAGCAGCCCGAGUGGCGGGCCAAGGUCGGCCAAGAAGUGUCACUCCGUGUCGAAUGCAUUGGGCUCAGCGGGGAGAGGGAGGGGUGGAGGUUAUGUACACGCAUGUUAGAAAGGCAGGGCGGUGGGUCCAAAGGAAUGCCAGAGAAGAGCUUCCCAGCUCAUGGAAAUAUCUCUGUGAAGCUGUGAUGAAUGAGCUCACCAGACACACAGACAACAAACCCUCUUCUCCCCCCUAUCAGCCCCGCAACUGGGAUCCAAACUGACUCACUUCCUGCUUUUAUCUCUGUCUGUAUGAUCUCUCUUACGCAUGCACACACGCUCGGAUCAAGAUACGCACGCACGUUGGCGCACCAAUGAAAAUCCUCACCGUGGAAGAAAUGUAUAACUAACUUGUUUUCCUUAUCAUCCACUCACAACUCUCACUCAUUUCUCUCUCACUCAUCCCACUCUUUCACUCAUCUCUCACAUGUGUGCACUUGUCUGUAACCAUUGCUCUGUACCUCCAAUACCUGUAUGAUUACCCAUGCUGUUGUUCCCCCCUUACAGAGCAGAGGACCACGCAGCAGGGCCAGGUGUACUUCCUCCACACCCAGACAGGAGUCAGCACAUGGCACGACCCUCGAGUACCCAGGUAUACCCACCACCCCUGUCUGAACACACAGUACCCAGGUAUACCCACCACAUCUGUCUGAACACACAGUACCCAGGUAUACCCACCACCACUGUCUGAACACACAGUACCCAGGUAUACCCACCACCACUGUCUGAACACACAGUGCCCAGGUAUACCCACCACCACUGUCUGAACACACAGUGCCCAGGUAUACCUACCACCACUGUCUGAACACACAGUACCCAGGUACAGUGAGGGGAAAAAAGUAUUUGAUCCCCUGCUGAUUUUGUACGUUUGCCCACUGACAAAUAAAUUAUCAGUCUAUAAUUUUAAUGGUAGGUUUAUUUGAACAGUGAGAGACAGAAUAACAACAACAAAAUCCAGAAAAAAACAUGUCAAAAAUGUAAUACAUUUAUUUGCAUUUCAAUGAGGGAAAUACGUAUUUGACCCCCUCUCAAUCAGAAAGAUUUCUGGCUCCCAGGUGUCUUUUAUACAGGUAACAAGCUGAGAUCUCAGUUUGUUACCUGUAUAAAAGACACCUGUCCACAGAAGCAAUCAAUCAAUCAAUCAGAUUCCAAACUCUCCACUAUGGCCAAGACCAAAGAGCUCUCCAAGGAUGUCAGGGACAAGAUUGUAGACCUACACAAGGCUGGAAUGGGCUACAAGACCAUCUCCAAGCAGCUUGGUGAGAAGGUGACAACAGUUGGUGCGAUUAUUCGCAAAUGGAAGAAACACAAAAGAACUGUCAAUCUCCCUCGGCCUGGGGCUCCGUGAAAGAUCUCACCUCGUGGAGUUGCAAUGAUCAUGAGAACGGUGAGGAAUCAGCCCAGAACUACACGGGAGGAUCUUGUCAAUGAUCUCAAGGCAGCUGGGACCAUAGUCACCAAGAAAACAAUUGAUAACACACUACACCGUGAAGGACUGAAAUCCUGCAGCGGCCGCAAGGUCCCCCUGCUCAAGAAAGCACAUAUACAGGCCCGUCUGAAGUUUGCCAAUGAACAUUUGAAUGAUUCAGAGGAGAACUGGGUGAAAGUGUUGUGGUCAGAUGAGACCAAAAUGGAGCUCUUUGGCAUCAACUCAACUCGCCGUGUUUGGAGGAGGAGGAAUACUGCCUAUGACCCCAAGAACACCAUCCCCACCAUCAAACAUGGAGGUGGAAACAUUAUGCUUUGGGGGUGUUUUUCUGCUAAGGGGACAGGACAACCUCACCGCAUCAAAGGGACGAUGGACGGGGCCAUGUACCGUCAAAUCUUGGGGGAGAACCUCCUUCCCUCAGCCAGGGCAUUGAAAAUGGGUCGUGGAUGGUUAUUCCAGCAUGACAAUGACCCAAAACACACGGCCAAGGCAACAAAGGAGUGGCUCAGAAAGGUUCAGAACUUUUGUAAAACAUCACAGUACGGUUGAAAUAUAUAUGGCAAAUUGAAAUCCUAUAUUGGAUGGUGUUAAGAGAUAGAUGGGAGGUAUUGAAUAGAGUUGAAGGAUGGGACUAAUAACAAAUAACAACAAAUAAUAACAAAGAUAGCUAAUAAUGUAAGCAUACUGUGUCCAUAAUAAGUAUAUAGGUUGUAUGUUGGGAGCUUUUGGGAAAGAGCACAGUUAGAAAGAUAUGGCAUAUAGAAGCAAACCGGAUGGACAUCAGGAAAAUGAUCGGAGAGGUUGAGAGUAGAAGAAGUUCAGGAGCAAAAAAUAUAUAUAUAUAUAUAUAUAUAUAUAUAUAUAUAUAUAUAUAUAUAUAUAUAUAUAUAUAUAUAUAUAUAUAAUAGAAUUAUUGUAAAAUUAACUCUGUCCAUAAGGUGUAGAUAGUAAGUAUAGACCGGAAGUAGAGGCCUGGGCAUUGUUGUUCACUAAUUUACUCCAAGUAGGGAAAGGAUGGUGGGGUUGAAAAGUAAUAAAGGGGAGUAUAUAUAUAAAAAAAAAAAACAUGGGGGAUUGGAAGUGAUGCAGACAAUUACAUUGAUAGAAGAUACAAUCUAUCUGCAAUAUUAAGCUGAUCCAUUCCCCCCCCCCCCAAAAAAAAAGAAUGAAGAAAAAAAUAAAUUAAUUAAAAAAAUAAAAAAAUUAAAAACAAAGGAGUGGCUCAAGAAGAAGUACAUUAAGGUCCUGGUGUGGCCUAGCCAGUCUCUAGACCUUAAUCCCAUAGAAAAUCUGUGGAGGGAGCUGAAGGUUUGAGUUGCCAAACGUCAGCCUCGAAACCUUAUGAUUGGAAAGAUCUUGCCAAAGUAGGAAGUGUGACACUGGGGCCAACUACAAAAAUGUCGCCUCUGUGAUUGCCAACAGUUUGCCACAAAGUACAAGUCAUUUUUGCGAGGGGUCAAUAUUAUUUCCCUCAUUUAAAUGCAAACAAUCAUAACAUUUUGACAUGCGUUUUUCUGGCAUGUGUUGUUGCUAUCGUGUCUCUCACUGGUUCAAAUAAUCCCUAUCAUUAAUAUCACUGAUCAUUCUUGUCAGUGGCAACGUACAAAAUCACAGGGGAUCACAACUUUUUUCCCCUCACGUAUACCCACCACCACUGUCUGAACACACAGUACCCAGGUAUACCCACCACCAUUGUCUGAAUACACACAUACUCUGUACACUAUACCCAGUUCACUCAUUAAGUAUUUCCAACACAAAUUAUUUAAGGCUAAUGACAAAAACAGGAUAAUCUGGGAUGCCAUAAUGCAGUUUUAUGCAGGUUUGGGUGAGGGCGUUGUUAUAUAAACCAUCACCUACCCCCACCUAUGUUUCUGUCAUGGGAUGGACAAACAUUGGCUAGCUAUCCUCAGGUUCGAUUCCCGGGAUCACACGUAUAUGAAAUGAAUGCACUCAUGACUUUAAGCCACUUUGGAUAAAAGCGUCUGCUAAAUGGCAUGUAAAUGUCAAUCACAGGGAUCUGAAAGGAUUCACAGCAGACACCUCUGGUAUGACCUCUGCCUCGAGACUCUCAGCUCUCAGCACACAGCCUUCAGCCCUACUGUACAUAUGGCUCAGAGACUCCACUCACUCAGGCAUGUGUGUCUUUAUCGAUUACCUCAGGCCCAAAGGAGAACACACAUCAACACGUCAGUGUACUGGGAAUAGAGUCAAUAGAAAGAAAUUCAGUGAUUGAAAAAUACCUAGACAUUGCUGUUCUCUUGCCCCCUUGAAAUAUGUGUGAUAGAUGGUGUUUUUCUUGCACUUCCUGCUAUCCUAUUGGUCACGCCACACCCUGGUUGUGUGUGCAGCAGAUGCUGGGCUGCCAAGCUCCCAGUGCUGAGAGGCUUGGUCAUUUGGCUGGGCCUCAGUCCGGUAAGUCACUACCAGUGAAGUGGGGCUGCUGUAAUUUCUUAAAGUUGUUCUCCACGGACAGCAAAAGGAGUCCAGCUGAAAGGAUUGCAUGGCAGCAAUAAAUAAUUUAGACGGGAAGAAGAAAAAUGGAAUAAAAGUGAUGUCAUUUUGGAAUCCUUUUCUCGCGCCUCUUUGUUUCCCGGUUACCGUCAGCCUUGAGGUUUGCGUCAUACCUUGACUUUGAUUGGUCUUACGUCUCAUUCUUUCUUUGAUUAUUUUUCAUCUUUCUUUUGUCUUUCUUUUCUGCCCUUCACCUCUGACUGUGUUGUGUAUUUGUGGUUCCCAGAGACCUGAGUAAUGUAAACUGUGAGGAGCUGGGCCCACUGCCCCCGGGCUGGGAGAUCAGGAACACAGCCACCGGCCGGGUCUACUUUGUGGACCACAACAACCGCACCACGCAGUUCACAGACCCGCGACUCUCCGCCAACCUGCAUCUAGUCCUCAAGUGAGUAUCGGGUUAUACCAGUGCCACAAAUUAAACAUGGUCCAGAGCUACAUAACAGCCCAGAUUAAAUGAGAAGUAGUUGAGGGUGAACUGUAAUGUAUGACUGGCUGGCAGUGUGGCUGUGUAACUGUUGUUUAACUGUUGUUUUGUUUUGUGUUCUGCAGCCCAAGCCCCAAUGGUUCCCGUAGUGGCAUCGAAAUUCAGAAUAGUCAGAUCAGGUGAGGCCCUCUAUUUCCCCCGUCUAUUCUCUAUUCUGUGGCCGACCUCUAUUUCUCCAACACUUGGUUCUGGGGAGACAGAACAGACUGCACACAGACAGAUACACACACAGACAUAUUGACUCCCCCACCUCAGGAUGUUUUACAGGAGUCCAGUGCCAAGGUGUGUUAAACACCUUUUGGGGUUCAGCUAUCAGAGAAGCCUUUCUCCUGUGCAUACACUCUCUCUCACACACUACCCACACACAACCUCACCCAUCCAGACACACACACACUGCACGCACAAGGCUGAAUUCCACCGCCCUGCAGCGGUUUUGAUCAUGCAGGGGUUUUAGCACACAAUCCGUCACAAAGCUGGUUUUGGCUCGACAUCAGAUAGCAAUGUGGAAACCAAGACUGAUGUGUCUGUGGCUGAGGAGCGUCUUACGUCCAGGAAAUGGAGCAUAAAUUUGAUGCCCGAGUCAAUGAAUUGUGUGUGUGAUAGUGUGUUUUGGUGUGUGUCGUGGCAGUGUGUGCGUGCGCGCGCUUCAGAAUUUCUCCUCGCAGCUGUUCAAAUACAGGCCAUGUAACGAUAGCUGCAGCAUUACCCGCAGUGCAGUGUAAAGGUGGAGCAGAGUACGGGAGGCUUCGGUGGGCCUCCUCCGUCUGACCUCAUUCCUGUUCCGUGCCGGGAGAGGCGGAAUGCAUCGAUGGAAAGAUCUGGUGUUAUUUUCCCCUGUUCUGACAGAUCAAAGAACGUGUUUGGGACUUUGGUGCUUUUUCUUUUUCUGCGGUCCUCUGAAAACCUUAUAAAAACCCAGGCUGGCAAGCCAUGUAUGUUUGUAUUGCAGGAAUCUAGUCUUAAGCACAAUAAUGUCCAGAUGUGUGAAAAGCAGUACACAGUGUUUCUCCUCUUUUAAAAAAAACACUGGUCCGAUUUAUUAUUUCACUUUAAACUUGAGAAUUAGAGUUUUCUAGGUUAUUGAUGUCUUUGUUUGAGAGGAAUAAUUGUAUCGAAAUGAGAGGCGUUUAAGCAGAGCCAAGAGCGGAUCUGUGGCCAUUAGAAUGAUGUACGAUGGGCCCUGGGUCCAGCCACAUACCUUCCCUGGGUUCUGCUUUAAAGGGAGAAACCCUUGACUUUGACUUGGAGAACCUAAGGCUGCAUUUACACAGGCAGCCCAAUUCUGAUAUUUUUUCCUCUAAUUGGUAUUUUGACCAAUCACAUCAGAUCUUUUUCGGAGCUGAUCUGAUUGAUCAAAAGACCAAUGAAUGAAAGAAAUAUCAGAAUUAGGCUGUCUGUGUAAACGCAGCCGACGGGAUCUCUAGGUGUGCGCUAAUGUAACACGCAUUGGGUGGUGGCUCAGAGGUUUGGAGCGUGCUAAGUCUGCUGGUUAGUAGAGGGCUCAUGGGCCUGACCCAGUCUGACUGGAUCAUUAUACAUUUACAUUUACAUUUUAGUCAUUUAGCAGACGCUCUUAUCCAGAGCGACUUACAGUUAGUGAGUGCAUACAUUAUUUUUAUUUUUUUUUCAUACUGGCCCCCCGUUGCAAACGCCAUGCUCUACGAACUGAGCUACAUCCCUGCCGGCCAUUCCCUCCCCUACCCUGGGCCAAUUGUGCGCCACCCCAUGGGUCUCCCGGUCGCGGCCGGCUACGACAGAGCCUGGAUUCGAACCAGGAUCUCUAGUGGCACAGCUAGCACUGCGAUGCAGUGCCUUAGACCACUGCGCCACUCGGGAGGUAAAUCAUCCUAUCUGAGAAUACCUUCUCUGAUUUUGUCCCCUCACUGACCGGUGUGGAGCAGAGAAGCUGGACUCUGGCUGAGACGAGGGGUGGGAGUGACAUUCCAACCAGCGACAAAACUCUGGAAAAGAUAUCAGAAGGCCGGCAUGGUUUUCCAUCAAGACAUCUGCCUUUUAUCAAGGCAAACUAUUUCAGAAAUUCUCACCCCUCAUGCUGUCAUCCCACAAAAAUGUUUGAUAUAUACGUGUCCUUCAAGCUUAUCGUUUAUUACCCCUUUUAUUUGCUAAAGACAUUGCCUCAGCGAGCCACAAUACGUUUUUGGUUAAACCCACCCUGUGAUGUUGCAAUCUCCUGACUCUAAGCCUGGUCACUGGACAAUAGGUAACAAAAUCCCUGUCUGGCCUUAAGACCUGGCUUCAGGUCUGCCCUCUGAGCACUGAAGAUCAGUUCCCAGGGGUCUAGCGUUCUCUAGCUUUACACUGAGUUUUUACAUUUACAUUUUAGUCAUUUAGCAGACACUCUUAUCCAGAGCGACUUACAGUUAAUGAGUGCAUACAUUUUCAUACUGGCCCCCCGUGGGAAACGAACCCACAACCCUGGCGUUGCAAGCGCCAAGCUCUACCAACUGAGCUACAACUGUAUUACUGUCUGAGCAUAUCAUUACAGUGUCUUCAGAAGGUAACACACCACGCCAUCUUACUCUCUUAAAAGGAGUUUGAAAAAUAGAUAAAUAAUGCACACUAGUCAGUGUGUGUGUGUGUGUGACGGGCAGGAAUGUCUGAUUUAUGCGUGAAAGUGGAGGGAGUGCUGCUCUGUGGCUCAGUGCCUCUCCUCUCCCUGUCUGAGUUGUCCUCUCUGUUUGGGUGCUGUCCGGAGGCAUCCCUUCCUGCCUCCACCCUCUCCCCUCUUUCCCUCCCUCCCUCUGUCUAGUCUGCAGGAAAUAAAUGGAUUGAGGAGGAGGACUGGAGUGCCCUAUGGGGCCCUGUGGCUUUCUGGGAUAGCAGGGAGUGGCCAAUCCAGCUCAGCUAGACGAGGCCAAAGACAGUGGGAGCCUAGAGCAGUCACUCCUUAGAAUAAGCUGUCACCAUGUAUUAUGGUGUGUGUGUAUAUAAAGAUCAGGAUGACUGCUAUAUGACUAUCAAUUACUUCUGCUCAGUGUAUGAUCCUCCAAACAAAUCUUUUUGAGAGCUGUGAUUGGGUAUUUGCCAUAUUUGAUCACAUUAUACCUAAUAAAAGGUUGUCUGGUUUGUAUAGUACAGUGAACGGCAGGUGUUUAGUAGCUGUCCCAGACAGAAAUAGAUUUGCUGAGUUGUUAGAAAUGACUGGAUUUCAGUGGUUUUGGCCUAUCCAAUAUUAUAUGAUCCUGUACUUUUUGGGCCUAGGUAAAUCCAUUUAGUCCAGGAUGGGUUGUUGCUCCAUGAUUCUCCUGUCACAGACUCUCUGCCCCCCUCUCACACUUAUCCACACACUUAAGGCGUCAGCAUGCGUCAGUUCAGCUGGCGGCUAGGCGAACCAAACGAGUGUGCUCACAUACUCCUUUUAAAGACCUUUGCUUGAAAAAUGAGAAAAAGUGGCAAUAGUACUGUUUGUCCAUUUUGAGAUGCCGUAGCCAGUAUACACUUCCUCAAAAUAGUCAGAAUUAAUCUAAGAUAACUCAAGAAAUCUGUUAUUAAUUUAGAUGUUUUUGCUGAGGAGAUCUUAGUCACGCAAUUUUACAUCUAACUAAGAUGUUUGGUGCAGUAUUUCUAAAUGAAAAAAUGUGCAUGAAAAUGAGUCGUCUCUGGUUAAAUGACAAGACUUUACUGAAGAAUCCCUACUGUUGACCAAUCACCGGCGAAGGGGCGUAGAUUUCGGCGACUGACUUCGGCUUGCCUCAAGAAAACAUUUUGUGUGCCCAAACAACCAUGUCACAAAAUGCUGUCAUAAUAUAUGCACAAACUCUUCCAAACUGUUUCAGCUGGGAAGCAUGCGAACAUCUUUACACACUCUGCCCAUCUCUCUCACACACACACACACACACACUCUCUCUCUCGCACACACACACAACCCUUUGUGGCUGGCUGUACAGUCUGGUGUUUAUAACCCUGCUCAGGGGGUGAGCGUGCCCGCUAUGCCCCACUAAAGUGCAAAAGGCCAGAAUGCAAAUAAUCCUCCAGCGCUGGCUCCAUAACGGGCCUUUUGAUUCUCUCUGUGUGUCUGAGCAGAAGAGCCUUCCACCAACCCUGCUGUGGUUCAGAAGUUCACUCUCAGGCCAGAGGUUUGGGCAGGAGUAAAGGAUCUCGUUCACUACCACCGCAGAUCAUAUUCAUAGCCUGUCUUUUGAUUUGGAGGUUAACCUACUGCACUGAUGUUUUAUCACAGUUACAGCCACCCACUGAGGUGGUCUUCUUAGCUUUUAGGAACCCUAGAGACCUUGGUUGUUCAUUUAUUGGUUUCCUAUAGUCAGCAACACGUAUCCUCUUAUGAAGGAACUUGCACUGAAAUGUCACUCCUGUUAAUAAACAAAUAAAGAACCUUUCUGAACAAUUUAAGCUGACGACAUGAGGUCUAUGGACACCCUCAUUGAACCCUCACUGCUCAGUGCAGAAUGAGGCAGACACUGAAUCUAUUUGCUGAAGUCUCUUGCUGUGGCCACAGUUUGCUUCUCCCCUGUAGAACUGUCUAUUUUCUCUCUGUCUGUGCCAUGCCAUCUCUCUCUGUGAGACCACCGUGGGGCCAGCGCCGGAGGGGGUUGGCAUGGCACACACCUGUGAGCUGGCAGAGCCCAGCACGGCAGGAGCCCACAGCCCAGUGGAGCUGCCCACGAGGAGCGUCCGACAGGGCCGUUUGUAUGGAGAGCUUGGCGGGGUGUGGAGGAAGGGCCACUGGCUGCACCACACCUCUGUCCUGUUAACAGACAGACAAUGUGGCUCCACGGACACAUCACACCACCCUCUGGCUCUGCCCCCUCCUGUGUGAGUGUUCAGAAAUACCACCUCCACCUAUGUCUGUGGGCACAUGGCAGCUUGUUUGACUUGAUGUGCUUCCCAGAUGACCUCAGUGUGUUUACCUCUCGUUCUCCAGUCAGCAAAAGGAGGGAGACAGAAUUCCUGCCUGGCUGUAUUUUCUAGGUUUUCUCUUUUUUUUUUUGUGGUGGUUUACUUUUGUGUACCUGUACGUGUUGUUACGACCCCAAGUCUCAACAAUAAUUUCUCUCUCUCUCUAUCUCUAUCCCCAGCCGUCAGAACCAGCUGAAGGACCAGGCGCAGCAGGCACUGGUGUCUCCAGGUAAUCUGCCAGAGGAGGCAGAGUGCCUCACGGUGCCCAAGUACAAGAGGGACCUGGUGCAGAAGCUGAAGAUCCUCCGCCAGGAGCUGUCCCAGCAGCAGCCCCAGGCAGGCCACUGCCGUAUGGAGGUGUCCCGCGAGGAGAUCUUUGAGGUGAGACCGUCAAAUUAGUGUUAUACCCUCAGUUCUUAAACACAACCAGCAUUGUUGAGUCUUUAAUUAGUAUUACUGAAGAGGUUGGCUAUCCCGAUCCUGAAGGAAAGCAUCAACUCUGGACAUUUUCCUCGCUGUCAUUUACACCUGCAAAAGUUUAUUAUACCUGAUAUUUUACCUCACUUUCUAAACUCAGGCAAUGAUUUUCCCAUCCUCUUCUUCCCUCUCCUCUCAAGGUCGUUGCUCGUCAUGUUUCUGUCACGGCGUUAUCCACCACGCUAUUAUCUAUGAUGUGUGAAGAGAGUAUGUUCAUAUCCAAAGCAGACCUCUUGUUUGAAAUAAGGCUUUUGUGAAGUGCACUCACUUCCCAGUGGGGGAGGUUUUCUAGUUUGGGAGGUGUGGAGCCUCCUCAGAGCAACAACACCUGCAACAGACUACAUGACCCUCAUUAAAUAUGUGAUGGAAUGUGCUGGAACAUCCUUGUCUGUUAAUCUGGAAGACAUUUUUGUUGGCUGAUCUCAACACGAAAGGGAGAGGGGGGUGGAUUUUAAGGCUAGACAUAACUUAAUCGCUUUUCUGGACACGCCGAGCUGUUAGAAAUACAGCUGUGUGGGCAAGUGUCAGCUGGUGGACUGUCAAGCUGUCUUAGUGUGUACAUUCUAUUAAAGAUAAGAGGGCCUUAUUUCUUUGGCGUCACCGCUGACACAUCCUCAGUGUAACUGGAGGGCACAGUGGACCAGCUAUGGGGAGAAAGCAGUGUUGUUGUUCCACUCUUCUGUUCUGUCUGUUUAUUAUUAUUAUCCUCCCAAUCCACUUUUAAUGAGACUGUCCCUGACACUUAACUAGCUUGGGCCUGCGUCUGCAGCUCUGUGCAUGUGGGGUGAACGCACCAACCCAGAGUGGCGUGUAAUGAUCCCAGACUCUUGAGUGCCAAGGGGAAAGUUUGUUACUAAAACACUGCUGUCUAAUGUUCUACAGAAGCCCCCUCUGGCGAGGAACAUGAGGAGUGUUUCUCAUCAUUGUUUCAGGACAGUUCCUUCUUCUCUUUGUUUUUUUUGUCUUCAGCUUGAAGCAAUUUGGAAUUGCACAGGUCUUUGGUCAUUGGUUUGCAUGUUUAGGACAGGCAGACAGGCCGGGCUUCUCCAGACUCAUACUCUGUAUUCCUACCCCGCUUCCCAUGAGCCACUGAGACUUGGACACUGGUGGGGGGGAGGGGGAGGGGGAGGGGGGGUGCAGUAUUGAGAGACUCACGGGAUCUCUUGGUGGAAUGUGUCACGUUGGGGAAUGUCCUCUUAUCGCCCCCACCUCCUGAUAAUGCGCUUUGAUUAAGGUUGGACUGGACACUCAGGUUACUUUGGCAGGGGAGGAGAGGGUGUACAUCAUCGCUAGGCAGGCAGGGGCCAGCCAGGCUGGUCCUAAAUGACAGAGCACACAAAUGUUUAUUCUUUGGCUCGGUCCCCAGAGCCAGCGUCACUCACACAGACAUUACAGCGCAGAUAGAGGCCUCCCUCUGGGCACAGGCCCUGGACUGUACAGUAUAUACCAGAUGGUCUCUGGAAGUACUCAGUAGGUUUGGGGGUGCAGUCCUCCAUCCCAGUCCCGUUCGUUACAAAGGUGUCUCUGUAUGUAUUACAGGAGUCUUACCGCCAGGUGAUGAAGAUGAGGCCGAAGGACCUGUGGAAGAGACUGAUGGUGAAGUUUAAAGGGGAGGAGGGGCUGGACUACGGAGGAGUGGCCAGGUAGGAAUCCACAACAAAGCAUGUGGAAAAAAUAACAAAUAUGCAUCAUCAUGGAACUAAGAAGAUGUUUAUUGUGUGUUAGAGAAGUAAAUGCACCAAGUCUGGAACCAACAGGACCCUGAACAGCUUCUACCCCAAGCCAUAAGACUACUAACUAGUUAACCAAAUAGCUACCUGGACUAUCUGCAUUGACCCUCUUUGCACCAACUCUUUUGACUCAUCACAUACGUUACUGUUUAUUAUCUAUCCUGUUUUCUAGUCACUUUAUACCUAAAUGAACAUAUCUCCCUCAAUUGCCUCGUACCCCUGCACAUCCACUCAGUACUGGUAGCCCGCGUAUACAGCUAAGUUAUCGUUACUCAUUGUGUAUUUAUUCCUCGUGUUAUUAUUUGUUCUAUAUUUUUCUCUGUGCAUUGUUGGAAGGGCCCGUAAGUACGCAUUUUUACACACACACACACACAAGUAAGUCUACACCUGUUGUUUAGGAAGCAUGUGACAAAUAACGUUUGAUUUGAUUUUGAUUUGAAUGCCAACAUCUGCUGAAACAAGGUUGUCCCCCAAGUGGUAAUAUUGAUUUAAAGCACCCAAUCUGAGCAUUAUACAUCUGCUUUUUAAAUUGUCAUGGAGCAUUCACUUUCUGAAAUUGAUGUUCCCUGCCUUGAAAAAAUAUUGAAUGGACCAAGAGAUUUCACAAUGGAUGUUCUCAUCGUCUGUCUCUCUCUUUAUCUGUCCCUUUCUGUGUCUCCUGUGUGUACAGGGAGUGGCUGUAUCUGCUGUCCCAUGAGAUGCUGAAUCCGUACUACGGCCUGUUCCAGUAUUCCCGCGAUGACAUCUACACCCUGCAGAUUAACCCCGACUCGGCCGUCAACCCGGUGAGUCAGAGACCCAGACGCCGCCGCCAGCCCGCCCCGCCCCGCUGUGAUGUGAAAGACGAGGUCACACGGACAGCUCAUCUGCUCUAGUCUUGCACAAUCUCUCUCUCUCUCGCUCUCCUCUGCCUAUUUGUUUGGCCCUGCACCUAUCAACUGUUCUCAUGCUAGAUCCUAGAGCUCCUGGAUACUGGUGAUGAGUUAGGCAACUCUUUAUCUGCGGUUUUGAGACUCUUUACUGCCUCUAUAGCAUUUGGUUGUUAAAUCCAUCAUAAGGGAAAUAUUUUACAAUGGCAAAUAGUUUGCAUGCUGCUGCUCACCUUUUGAGUCUUAACCUUUGUUAGGAUUACGUACUGCAAUAAAUUCCCAGCUGUAAGAACAACAGGUAUUUAUUAUUUACCAAGGGCCCAAUCCUAACUUGAGACAUGCGUGAGGAAAUCUGAUUUAUUGCGCAAAUCUCCCAUCGACAUCAUGCAUGACUUAAGAAAAUGUUUGAGUUGCAUGCAUGCAUCUUAAGUUAGGAUUCUGCCUUGAGUUGCUAAAUCUUGGUAAUUCUCAGAAGACUGGGAGAUGCAAUGUUAAAUUGAUGUACUAUGAAGUGUUUAAGAGGACUAAAGGUGAUUCUGUCUACCUCCCCAGGAGCACCUGUCCUACUUCCACUUUGUGGGUCGUAUUAUGGGCAUGGCGGUGUUCCACGGCCACUACAUAGACGGGGGCUUCACCCUGCCCUUCUACAAACAGCUGCUGGGGAAACCCAUCACCCUGGACGACAUGGAGUCAGUCGACCCAGACCUCCACAACAGCCUCGUCUGGAUCCUGUGAGUAGGAAGGAAAUCGGAAAAACAUCCUCACACAGACCAAGAUGCGCUCACAGAGAUUAACAUGGUUUUUAAUUGCGAUAGAUUGUAAUAGCUCAUUAUCUUUUCAUAGGGUAAUAAUUUGGUGUAUGUGAACUAUAACAUCUACUGGUGUACGUUUAAAGUCCCUAAAAUAACCACUCAUGAUCAUGUAGCUACACAUGAUGAGCUCUUCAGCUGUACUUUGAUCCAUACAUACAUUAACAUUCCCCCUCCCCCAGCACCAUCUCUCUCUAACCCCCCUGUCUGUCUCUCUGUCUCUCUCAGGGACAAUGACAUCACAGGGGUGUUGGACCACACCUUCUGUGUGGAGCACAAUGCCUACGGGGAGAUCAUCCAGCACGAACUCAAACCCAACGGCAAAAUCAUCCAGGUCACCCAGGACACCAAGAAGGAGUAUGUCAGGUGAGUACUCCCCCACUGCCCCUCCUCACCACACAGGAAAAGGGUUGUGCUAGCAGUCGACAGUCAAGCCCAGUAGGGAGGAGAUACUGUUUGGAUAUCAGAUGAGUUUAGCUGCAUGUGACCAGCUACAGUUAACUGACCUAGGAUCAGUGAGUACAGUACAUGUGAAGAGGCUCAGAACCAUGCUGAUGUGAAGGCAAAGCCUUGAUGUUCCAGUAUGAAUCAUAGAUCUCUGACUCUCUUUCUCCCUCCAGACUGUAUGUGAACUGGCGUUUCCUGCGAGGCAUCGAGGCUCAGUUCCUGGCCCUGCAGAAGGGCUUCAACGAGGUCAUCUCCCAGCACCUCCUCAAGGCCUUCGACGAGAAAGAGCUGGAGGUAUGAAUGAGACACAUCCCCCAGACUAGCAGUACUUAGCUUCACUGUCCAUUCUUUAGAAAAUGGCUACAUUCUCCAUCCACAAGUGGACAUCAUCAUUUUCCACAUCCAUUUUCUCCCUACAGUUUCCCUUUGACUUUCAUUUCACAUUCUCUCCCUCUCUCCACCUCAGCUCAUAGUGUGUGGCCUGGGUAAGAUCGACAUCAACGACUGGAAGUCCAACACGCGGCUGAAGCACUGCACCCCCGACACCAACAUCGUCAAGUGGUUCUGGAAGGCCGUGGAGUCGUACGAUGAGGAGCGCCGGGCCAGGUUGCUGCAGUUUGUCACCGGCUCCUCCAGGGUCCCUCUGCAAGGCUUCAAAGCCCUCCAAGGUACCCUCACAUCACUCACCCUCCUGGGACAUGUACAGUAGCUACAGUUGAAGUCGGAAGUUUACAUACACCUUAGCCAAAUACAUUUAAACUCAGUUUUUCACAAUUCCUGACAUUUAAUCCUAGUAAAAAUUCCCUGUCUUAGGUCAGUUAGGAUCACCACUUUAUUUUAAGAAUGUGAAGUGGGUCAGAAGUUUACAUACACUCAAUUAGUAUUUGGUAGCAUUGCCUUUAAAUUGUUUAACUUGGGUCAAACGUUUCGGGUAGCCUUCCACAACCUUCCCACAAUAAGUUGGGGGAAUUUGGCCCAUUCCUCCUGACAGUGCUGGUGUAACUGAGUCAGGUUUGUAGGCCUCCUUGCUCGCACACGCUUUUUCAGUUCAGACCACAAAUGAUCUAUAGGAUUGAGGUCAGGGCUUUGUGAUGGCCACUCCAAUACCUUGACUUUGUUGUCCUUAAGCCAUUUUGCCACAACUUUGGAAGUAUGCUUGAGGUCAUUGUCCAUUUGGAAGACCAAUUUGAUGUCUUGAGAUGUUGCUUCAAUAUAUCCACAUCAUUUUCCUUCCUCAUGAUGCCAUCUAUUUUGUGAAGUGCACCAGUCCCUCCUGCAGCAAAGCACCCCCACAGCAUGAUGCUGCCACCCAGUGCUUCACGGUUGGGAUGGUGUUCUUCGGCUUGCAAGCAACCCCCUUUUUCCUACAAACAUAACGAUGGUCAUUAUGGCCAAACAGUUCUAUUUUUGUUUCAUCAGACCAGAGGACAGUUCUCCAAAAAGUGCUAUCUUUGUCCCCAUGUGCAGUUGCAAACCGUAGUCUGGCUUUUCUAUGGCGGUUUUGGAGCAGUGGCUUCUUCCUUGCUGAGCGGCCUUUCAGGUUAUGUCGAUAUAGGCCUCGUUUUACUGUGGAUAUAGAUACUUUUGUACCUGUUUCCUCCAGCAUCUUCACAAGGUCCUUUGCUGUUGUUCUGGGAUUGAUUUGCACUUUUCGCACCAAAGUACGUUCAUCUCUAGGAGACAGAACGCGUCUCCUGCCUGAGCGGUAUGACGGCUGCGUGUUCCCUGGUGUUUAUACUUGCGUACUAUUGUUUGUACAGAUGAACGUGGUACCUUCAGGCGUUUGGAAAUUGCUCCCAAGGAUGAACCCGACUUGUGGAGGUCUACCAUUUUUUUUUUUUUUUUUUUUGAUUUUCCCAUGAUGUCAAGCAAAGAGGCACUGAGUUUGAAGGUAGGCCUUGAAAUACAUCCACAGGUAUACCUCCAAUUGACUCAAAUGAUGUCAAUUAGCCUAUUAGAAGCUUCUAAAGCCAUGACAUCAUUUUCUGGAAUUUUCCAAGCUGUUUAAAGGUAGAGUCAACUUAGUGUAUGUAAACUUCUGACCCACUGGAAUUGUGAUACAGUGAAAUAAUCUGUCUGUAAACAAUUGUUGGAAAGAUUACUUGUGUCAUGCACAAAGUAGAUGUCCUAACCGACUUGCCAAACUAUAGUUUGUAAACAAGAAAUUUGUGGAGUGGUUGAAAAACAAGUUUUAAUGACUCCGACCUACAGUGGGGAGAACAAGUAUUUGAUACACUGCCGAUUUUGCAGGUUUUCCUACUUACAAAGCAUGUAGAGGUCUGUAAUUUUUAUCAUAUGUACACUUCAACAGUGAGAGACGGAAUCUAAAACAAAAAUCCAGAAAAUCACAUUGUAUGAUUUUUAAGUAAUUAAUUUGCAUUUUAUUGCAUGACAUAAGUAUUUGAUACAUCAGAAAAGCAGAACUUAAUAUUUGGUACAGAAACCUUUGUUUGCAAUUACAGAGAUCAUACGUUUCCUGUAGGUCUUGACCAGGUUUGCACACACUGCAGCAGGGAUUUUGGCCCACUCCUCCAUACAGACCUUCUCCAGAUCCUUCAGGUUUCGGGGCUGUCGCUGGGCAAUACGGACUUUCAGCUCCCUCCAAAGAUUUUCUUUUGGGUUCAGGUCUGGAGACUGGCUAGGCCACUCCAGGACCUUGAGAUGCUUCUUACGGAGCCACUCCUUAGUUGCCCUGGCUGUGAGUUUCGGGUCAUUGUCAUGCUGGGAGACCCAGCCACGACCCAUCUUCAAUGGUCUUACUGAGGGAAGGAGGUUGUUGGCCAAGAUCUCGCAAUACAUGGCCCCAUCCAUCCUCCCCUCAAUAUGGUGCAGUCGUCCUGUCCCCUUUGCAGAAAAGCAUCCCCAAAGAAUGAUGUUUCCACUGCCAUGCUUCACGGUUGGGAUGGUGUUUUUGGGGUUGUACUCAUCCUUCUUCUUCCUCCAAACACGGCGAGUGGAGUUUAGACCAAAAAGCUCUAUUUUGUCUCAUCAGACCACAUGACCUUCUCCCAUUCCUCCUCUGGAUCAUCCAGAUGGUCAUUGGCAAACUUCAGACGGGCCUGGACAUGCGCUGGCUUGAGCAGGGGGACCUUGCGUGCGCUGCAGGAUUUUAAUCCAUGACGGCGUAGUGUGUUACUAAUGGUUUUCUUUGAGACUGUGGUCCCAGCUCUCUUCAGGUCAUUGACCAGGUCCUGCCGUGUAGUUCUGGGCUGAUCCCUCACCUUCCUCAUGAUCAUUGAUGCCCCACGAGGUGAGAUCUUGCAUGGAGCCCCAGACCGAGGGUGAUUGACCGUCAUCUUGAACUUCUUCCAUUUUCUAAUAAUUGCGCCAACAGUUGUUGCCUUCUCACCAAGCUGCUUGCCUAUUGUCCUGUAGCCCAUCCCAGCCUUGUGCAGGUCUACAAUUUUAUCCCUAAUGUCCUUACACAGCUCUCUGGUCUUGGCCAUUGUGGAGAGGUUGGAGUCUAUUUGAUUUGAGUGUGUGGACAGGUGUCUUUUAUACAGGUAACGAGUUCAAACAGGUGCAGUUAUUACAGGUAAUGAGUGGAGAACAAUCAAUCAAUCAAUCAAUUUUAUUUUAUAUAGCCCUUCUUACAUCAGCUAAUAUCUCGAAGUGCUGUACAGAAACCCAGCCUAAAACAGGAGGGCUUCUUAAAGAAAAACUAACAGGUCUGUGAGAACUGGAAUUCAUACUGGUUGGUAGGUGAUCAAAUACUUAUGUCAUGCAAUAAAAUGCAAAUGAAUUACUUAAAAAUCAUACAAUGUGAUUUUCUGGAUUUUUGUUGUAGAUUCCGUCUCUCACAGUUGAAGUGUACCUAUGAUAAAAAUUACAGAACUCUACAUGCUUUGUAAGUAGGAAAACCUGCAAAAUCGGCAGUGUAUCAAAUACUUGUUCUCCCCACUGUAAGUGUAUGUAAUCUUCCGACUUCAACUGUACAUAGCUAGGUUCUCAGUGUUUCACUGCACUUCACUGGUGGAGUUGCUUGCUAGAUAGCCCUUGUCCACCCCCUAUAGGCAUGUAAUAUUGAUUAUGACGGCUUAUGACGUUUGUUAUGACAGCGUAACAAAUGUUUAUGCCAGAGGGAGAUGGGUGAGCGUUGUUUGUAUUCUACUCUACUGUACCCCGAGUCCGCUCAGCAGGCAUUGAGUGAGAGCAGGGCCUCAGAGUGUGUUGUUGUUGCCUGAGCUGAACCCUCUGUGCAGAGCAGGCUGAGCAGAGUCCAGUGGUUUAGUGGGUCCAGUCUGGCAGACAGGAUGCCCAGAGAGCACCCAGGCGUGCGGAACACACUGUGAUCCACUGCUCUUCCUGUCUGACAUGCCGCUUCACGCCACUCUUCCACCUUACAUAACAGGACCAUCACUGCUGCUGGUCUAAAUACCAGGGUCCACGCAGGCCAACAACAACAUACACAAACCCUGUGCUCUUUGUGCCCACACUUGGCGCCGCUGAGUGCUGAGCAAGCUGUCCAGUACAGUACUGUCUUUUGUGUGUGAGUGAAGUGUGCUCUGCCGUUGUGCUUCACAGUAACUAUGUUGAUAUGUUACAGGUGCUGCAGGCCCACGACUCUUCACCAUCCACCAGAUCGAUGCCAGCUCCAACAACCUGCCCAAAGCCCACACCUGGUGAGUGUCUGCUCUGACCCUGCAGCUUGCCCUCCAGGCACAAUGUAUGCCUUUGUCAAAGCUGGGAAGGGCACUUUGAUAUAUCAACAUCAUGGUUUAGGUUUCCACCCAUGUAUCUGUUAACCAUGAACAUAGAGAAUGCUCAAGUCUCUCUUGCCCUCUCUUUGUUCAGCUUCAACCGGAUCGAUAUUCCUCACUACGAGCACUAUGACAAGCUGUAUGACAAGCUGCUCACUGCAAUCGAGGAGACGUGUGGCUUUGCUGUGGAGUGAGACGCUGCUGAUGCAGGGGUCGGCAGGAACAAGGAGUGGAGGAACUCGACCAUGGUCAGACACCACCAUCCAGUUCACCCAGGGGAGGGGGGCGUCUGCGGUCCAGUGGCCCAAGGACUCUCUCACCCACAAUAGGGGCAUGUGGCCAGGCCGAGGGGGGGAGGCAGAGGAGACGGAGCGAGUGGUCUCGUCUGUUUAG